CCCCGCCCCCGCUGUGAGUGCGCCUGCGCAGUGUGCUCGGCCCGGGCGCUGUGAGUGUGUGUGGCUGCGCGCGCGAGACACAGCGAGAGAAGAUGGCGGCGGCGGGGGAAGCGGCAUGAGCGGCCUCACUCAUUGAAAGCAGCAGCAGCAGCGCUCCGCCAUGGCCUCCCCGAGCGCUCAGGUAAUCAGAGAGCGGAGCCCGAGCCUGGCGGGGGAUCACCCCGGGGCCGGCACACGGAGAGCGGGGGGAGGAGGGAGGGAGGGAGGGAGGGCGAGCACGGCCCGCCAGGCUGCGACUAGGCCCCGGCCUCCUCAUAUCUGCAGCCUCAUCGGGGGGGAGAGGGGGACCGGGGGGCAGGGAGAGGGGGCCCGGGCUGGCCGGGCCAGGCUUGGAGGGGGGCAGGCGGAGAAAGUGAUCUGAAUGGGGGGGGCCCCCCAAGGAGACUGGGCUUAAAAGGGGGGCCGGGGAGAAUGGCCUGAAUAAGGAAUCCCUAACAGCAUGCGAAUGCUGCAUACACCAGGGCAGCACUUUUCAUGUCACCAGCAUGAAGACAUGUGCCAGGAAACUUGGGGAUCUGGCGGAAAGUGAGAGCCAUGGGGCUAUUUGCUUAUCAUUAAACUUGGGCAGUUUACCCCCUCUCAGGGCAAACCCAGGGGUCUUUAUCCAGAUACAAUGGGAGGAAGGGGGUGACAUACAUUUUGGGUUUUACAGUGUUUGCAAUAGUUGUAUAGUUUAGGUUAAUCUUUGGAAGUCCAAUUGUGGACUAUUUUCAUUGAUUCACAGCAAGUGGUUUGCUGGCUCAGUAUCAUUUGAAAAUUUUAGGCCUACUCACUAAAGGAUGAAUUGUCUGGAAUUCAAAGUAGAAUGGACUCUCUGGGCACCAUAACCAUUUCAUCUCAUUGAAAUAGUUAUGGUGCACACAUCCAGGUUUCCACAUUAACCCCUUAAGAACACGUGACAUGUCAUGAUUCCCUUUUAUUCCAGAAGUUUGGUCCUUAAGGGGUUAAGCUGUACAGUAACUGAACUAACUCCGCCUAUCCAUUGCUGCUCUGAGUUGUGUGGAUAAUCUAAAGUUCAACUCCAUGUUAGCCCUGUCUCUGAUAGGGGAUAAAAUUGUGGGCACUGCGGACUCCUGUUCAUUGCCAAAUUAAUUCCGAUCAGUUUGACACUAAAUAGUGGGGUGGGACCAGGGAACACUAGGCAUCAUCUCCACUUCCAGUGGUUAUGGUGCCUAGAGUGUCCCUUAAAUUGAAACUUUUAGGCCAAAAUGAAAACAUAGCCAACUUGAAUAACUUUUCCAUUAUGGCUAUUUUAGUAUUUGACACACACUUUUCAACGUUUCACUUUUUAGUGAAUAACUCUGCCAGCUUUCGAAAGCAGGGACACAUGUUGAUGGGUGAGCAUACUUGUCUAUGUAGUCACAUCUUGGGAAACCUAGUCUCCACUUGUAGAGCGCAGAAGAUUUACCUAUCACUGGCAUAGAAUCCUGUGCAAGGCCUCCUUGAUGGGCAGCACCCUAUAGUAAAGGCAGGCAGGGUUUUGCCACUGAAAACUAUGUACACUCUGCAUUGUUCUCCAUUCAUUCAGAAUUUGGUGUGUGAUUCUGCUGAGAGAGGAUGUUUUAAAAGGCGCUGUGCGUGAUAAUGUGUAGAUUUCAGUGAGCAAUGUGCUGGGCCUCACAUCUGUUUCCUUUCCAGUUUUACGCACGUGUUUUCUACCCGUCCAUGUGGAUAGGUGACAAAAGGCAGAGUAAAUAAUGGGUGUGUUAUAGUUGUGUAUUCGUAAAGAGACAUUUGCAGGUCACGGGUGGAACAUGGUAUAUAGAUACCUCUAGCAGUGCAUGGAUCCCAGCUUUUGUAGACUGGAAUUGUAAUUUAGGAUGGGUUUGGGAACCUUUUAUCUUGUAAAUGAAUGCCAAUUACUUGUGGCUUGCUGUGCUAGUUAAUCUUUAGUGUGCAGUACACAAUGCUGAAUGAAACUGCCUGUGGAUGGAUCCAUUUUCUUUAACUGUUCCUGGAUUGAAAGCAUUGAUUUAUAUGUAUACUAUCCUUUUUGAAAUUUAGUUUAGUGUUUUUAGGGCUAGUAAUUUAGAAUUCUGUAAAUCAGUAUGAUCUAUAAGACUAUAGGUUGCAAUAAUUGUUACACUUCGUCUUUUAUACCUGGAAGUAUUCACACUGGUUACUGUUUGUCUGAAACUUGUAACCAGUGUAUUUUUGUUGUAGGAUAAUGGUGGCAGCUAAAAUGGACUGUGUGAAAUUUAGGGGUUCAUGCAAUGAAAAAACAGCAACAAAUUUACAGUUUUUGAUAAACAGAAGGGGGGGAUUGGGGGCAAAUAUACCAGUUCCUACCCCCAGGCAUUUAUAUGAAAUUGAAAGUCAUGCUUCACGGUCUCUUACUAGUCGUUAUAUUUAAAGAUUAAACUCCAUGACAAACUCUGUGUUCCACAUGUGCCAUGAGCCAUCCAAUAAAUGUAUUGGUAGUGUAAGAUUGGGAAUUACUGAAAAUAUGCCAGCGAUCAAUAUACAUUGGAAAUGUAGCUGUGACAAGUUUCCAUCCGAUUGCAAGCCUUUGGAAUUUAAUUGUCACAAGACAUUCCUCUGCCGUGUUGUGAGCAGAUUACAUUUGGUUAGUGUGUAACAAGUGCUCUUAGUUUAGUUUUGCUGACUUCAUUUUCCUAGAAUUACUGUUGCUUUGGGUUUGAUUUGCAAGGAGCAUCAAAAAACAUUUUCCUGCACUAACCGUAUAAUAUGCAGCUUCCAUAACAAGGCUAGCAGGGCGCAGCAUACUAUAAAUAAAAAACGAAACAAAACGUGUUUCACUAACACUUGCUGUGCUGGUCUACAAAAAAAAUAAAUAUUUAAACAUAAAACUUGCCAACAUUCCAGCACAGAGGCCAAGUUCUCCCCUUAGCCUGAUCUUUAUCCGCUGAUGCCAGUCCCCCUGCUGGAGAUGGAGGAUGGGCUAAGCCUGUCACCAGCAUGCUGUGCACGCAGACAUCCGGCGUCAAAUAUGCACAGAAUAAACAGUAACCAGCUCAGAACUCUUGUUGUGGACUGGCUAAUGACACCUCAGGUAUGCCUCUGGCAGCAAAGGGGUUAAUUUAUGUAAGUGCAGUGCUUUAUAGCGAAAUACUACACAUACAGAACUCGUGGUGCGUGAUGUGACACUUUAAAGUUCAUGGUUGGCAGAUACUUGGUUAAUAUAAGUUAUCAAAGUUAAGUUGUCUUGCGUAUCUGCUUUAUAGGCAGUUAGCCUUUUACUGUUUGACAGUCUAUUUUCUGCUUAUGUUACUGUUGAAGUAAAAAAAAAAAAAAUUGUAUAAAUGUAUUUAAUAAUUCUGGAGACUUCUAAAAUGUAAAGCUGCAUAGUGGAGUGUGAGGCCAGAAAAAUCACUUUUUAAGCAGUGCUAUUUUAGGCUAAGGUUUGCAUUUCUCCCUGUUUAGUUAAUACACCCCGUAAUAUAACCAGCUUUCUUGCUGAUCUGUGUAAAUGGAGUUGAAUAUUCACCGGUGCUGGUGAGAGAUUAAUAGACAAUAGGUUGCAUAAUUAAGGUAUCGAUGCAAUUAGUGAAUUUUCACUUUUGUAUUCUUUGGUUGCCGUGAUGUGAUGAAUUGUGUAUGGCUUGCUGAUAUUACAUAUAACCCUGGUAACCGAGAGCUGCCAAUAUAUUUAUUUAGUGAACAGAUUUUUAAUGACCCCUCAUUAAACAUUUGCAUUUGUUGUAUUUAUGUGUAUUUGUGUUAUUGAUGCUUAGAAGAAGCAAGUUGUCAAACCAUUUACAUUCUCUAAAAAUGAUUUGGGGCAGUUGUGUAUGCAAGAGCCUGGGAGAGAUGAAACGGUAUUUGUUCCCCUCAUCACACCAAUUAUUUGUGGACUAGAUUUCCCUUGCUGCUUUGCUAUACAUAAGUUGGCAAGUAGAAGUUUGCAAAUACUUGAGGUGCCUUAGCUAUUGUAACUGAUACAAAUCAUCAGCCUGCAUAUUCUGUUUGCAGAGUAUUGUGUCUCAUGAUGAAUGCAACAGAUUUGUGCCCAAUUCAUUUGUUUAGAUUUCAUUCCAAGUUUUGUAUGCAGCAUAUUGGCUUAAUCGUUUGUAUGUUUUGUGAUGUUUGCAAGUUGCAAGUCAUAAUGAUUCACAGAAUUCCUUUAGAGUUGAAUUUGAUCUGAAAGGAAGCCUGUUUAAUAUACAAAGCUUUACAAAUACUGGGAAUUAUUCCUAUAAAGCAGGGGAGUCUUGGCUCUGUGUGCUGACGGGUGUGGAAAGGUGAGAGGUUUUGCAAAAUGUAUGGCACCCUUACAAGAAUUAAGUUAAACUGGGAAAAAAGUUUAAGGGACACUUUACAUGGAUACUCUAAACCCUUUUCUGAAUCCUCAUGGUUUAGUUUAUAAUGCCCUAUUGGACAUAAUUUACUAGACCCCAUAUAAACUUAAAUUAUAGAGUUGAACCUACGUGGAGAUGAGCGUUGGGUGAAGCUCCCAGCAUGCCCUUCCAUGAUUGUGUGCAAUCAGUGGUGCCGAUCAUGUUUUACUCAAAUGCUUCAAGCACAAUGCACAAGCACGCGCCCUGAGCCAGGGAGAGGAUAUAAAAAAAAAAGAGGCAGGAGCAAGAUCAUAGGUAGGGGGUGCUGACAACAGAUGUACAUUUUGCACAGAAUUGACUUUAGGCAGCCUGGAACAGAAAUUGGUACAGGCAGGCAUAAAAUCAUUCCUGGAGGGUAUACUAUGGCUUACAGUGGUGAAUAACUCCUGACUAGUCGCAUAGGGCUACAAAUUAAUGGAACACUGUAGCGUUAGUAAUACAAACCAGUAUUCCUAAUUCUGCCCCUGUUCUUAGUGCUAUCAUCUGGUGUGAUCCAGUGCAAUGCUUCCUAUAGACUGUAAGCUUGUUUGAGCAGAGUCCUGUUCAACCUAUUGUUCCUGUAAGUUUUCUUGUAAUUGUCCUAUUUAUAGUUAAAUCCCUCCUCUCAUAAUAUUGUAAAGCGCUAUGGAAUCUGUUGGCGCUAUAUAAAUGGCAAUAAUAAGAGGAGCAUUGGGGACUUAAUGCACUUGGGUGGCAAGCACUGUGUGUGCAUUCAAGCUUCCCCAUAGGAAAGCACUGAGGCUCCUGCACCAUCCUGCACCAUCUGACCAAGUUUCACUCUCAGUGCAGCUGAUGUAGGUCUAGUACAGUGAUGGCGAACCUAUGGCACGCCGGGCCUUUUCUGUGGGCACGCGGCCAUAGGUUCGUUAUCAAUGCAGAGUAGACACCUGUCUGCCCAAAACGGCAGGCGCCUACUCUGCUUCCGUGUCAGGAGGCAGGGGGAGGGAUCUGUGAAGCAGCUCCCCUGUCCUCCCGCGAGCAAACUGUGUGGUGCGUUGCCGUGCGUUACCAUGGCAACGCUCCACACAGAAUCGCGCGGGAGGACAGGGGAGCUGCUUCACAGAUCCCUCCCCCUGCCUCCCGACACAAAAACAGUGCUUGCCACCACUAGAGAUGUCGCGAACUUCCUGCGAACGGCUCGCCGCGAGCUCCGGUCAGCUGACACAUCCUGGCCAAUCUCCAGCAGACCCUCCCACUCAGACCCUCCCACCUCCUGGAAAGCAUCCAUGUUGGGGAAUUCGCGACAUCUCUACGGACCACCAGGGCUGGCUGUGUGUCGUCGUCGUCGUCGUCGUCCCCCCCCUCCCCCCCCUUCAUUAAAGGUAAGGAGGGAGGGGUGGGAUACUGAUUUAGCCUACCUUUUUUUAACCCCUUUACCCCUACCCCACACACAGCAUCCCUCCCCUCCACCCAGCAUCUCCCCACCCCCACAGCACCUCUCAUUCCACACACACACACACUUCACCUCUCAUACACACACACACACUUCACCUCUCAUACACACACACACACUGCACCUCCUCAUACAUACACCUAUACACACACACACACACACACACACUGCACCUCUCAUACAUACACACACUGCACCUCUGUACACACACACACACACACACUGCACCUCUCAUACACACACACACACACACUGCACCUCCAUACACACACACACACACACUGCCUCUCCUAUACACACACACACACACACACACACACACACACACUGCACCUCUCAUACACACACACACACACACACACUGCACCUCUAUAUAUACACACACACACACUGCACCUCUCAUAUACACACACACACACACACUGCACCUCUCAUACACACACACACUGCACCUCUCAUACACACACACACUGCACCUCUCAUACACACACACACUGCACCUCUCAUACACACACAGCACCCCACACACAAACACUACACCCUUCAAUGCAGUCUGUGUGUGUGCGUGUAUUCAGCAGUCUGUGUGUGUGCGUGUAUUCAGCAGUCUGUGUGUGUGCGUGUAUUCAGCAGUCUGUGUGUGUGCGUGUAUUCAGCAGUCUGUGUGUGUGCGUGUAUUCAGCGCACUGCGUGCGUGUAUUCAGCGCACUGCGUGCGUGUAUUCAGCGCACUGCGUGCGUGUAUUCAGCGCACUGCGUAUUCAGCAGACUGUGUGUGUAUGUAUUGCAUUUGAUACUAAUAAAUAUAAGCUUAAUUUUAUCAUUAUUUAAAAUUUGUAUCGUUGAACUCUGUUAAUUCGUUCGGACAACAGUACGAGUUGUUUUUUCUAAAGUUAAACCUCAGUAUUGAGGUUUAAUUGCUGUGUUGACACUUUAAGGAAAAAAAGUUGGCAUGUAUUGCGGUUUGGGCACUCGGGCUCAAAAAGGUUCGCCAUCACUGGUCUAGUGACUCCUAGGGGUGGAUUUAGCCCUGCAAUGUUUUAAAUUGUAGGGUUUAAAGGAUCCUGUCAUAUACAAAAGGUAGGAAUUAGUUUUUUUAAUAUAUAUAUUUUUUUCUUGCAAGACUUGAUGAAACGGUUAAAUAAUAGUUUUGAUGUGACAAUUAUCCUUUAACCCCUUAAGGACCAAACUUCUGGAAUAAAAGGGAAUCAUGACAUGUCAUGUGUCCUUAAGGGGUUAAAGGGACACUAUAGUAAUCAAACACCUUUGUCUUAUUGAAGCAGUUUUAUAUAUAGAUCAUGCAAAUGCAGUCUCACUGCUCAAUUUUCUGUUAUUUAAGAGUUAAAUCACUUGUUUCUGUUCAUGCAAACCUAGCCACACAGCCUGCAUGGGGGGAAAAAAAGUUCAUUUUCAUUCAGAUGCUAACUUGCUUUAGACAUUUUUAUCUCCUGCUCUGUAAAUUAAACUUUAAUCACACACAGGAAUCUCAUGCAAAGUCUAGCAAGCUGUUAACAGAGCAGGAGAUAAUACAUUCUAAAUUAAAAAGACUGUGCAAUAAAGGAAGUAUAAACAAUAGAUUAGAUUUUACAGGAAGUGUUUAGGAAGGCUGUGUAUAUCACAUGCAGGGAGGUGUGAUCAGGGCUGCAUAAAUGUAACUCCUAAAUGUCAGAAUUGAGCAGUGAGACUGCAGGGGUAUGAUCUGUACAACAACACAGAUUUAUCAAGCUACAGAUGUUUUGAUGCCUAUAGUAUCAGUUUGAAUUUACAUGUUAUCCAGUGACGAGAUGAGCUCCUCACAGCAGUCUGAUCUUCCUACUGUGAAGUAAUGAAGAUUACUUUUGUCCUAUCAAUCAUCUGGAAGCAUUGCAGAUAUAUUUUGCAUGCAGGCUAUUGCUAUUAUCCCCCAUUCCAGUUCCUCACACAUACCUAGGGCUUUCCAGGUGGAGGUCUGGGAGAGCUUCAUUGGCUGAGAACAUCACCUGCGUGUGCUGAGCCAAUGAGCUUAGCCUGCACUGACUGGAUAACUCCAUGUAGGGAGGCCCUGGUCCACGAGGACCCUAGGUAAGUUGUUAUGGUGCUUGGAGUAUACCUUUUAAAUACAUAACUGCAAGCCUGUUUUCUUGGGACUGUGUUCUCAUUUCAUUUUCAUUUUCUCCUUCCAGUUCCCAUUGUGAUUGGGGUGGGAUGUUUUCUACUGUAGUGAACAUGUAUGGAUGGAAAUAGUUAAUAUUUCCUGUUUUCUGCCUGGGGAUAAACUCAUUGCUGCUGUUGCAGUCUAGAAAGCCUUUGAGAGAUUGUUUCACAGUUCUGUUACUAAACCCACCUAUCGUUACCAUAAGGGGACUCUGCGCUCCUACACCUUUUUUUAAUAAGAGGUUAUUGGGCUCUCCCUGUGUUUAAAGUUUGAUCCUUUGCGGUUAUUUUACACGGAUGUCUUAUCUUUCUUUGUCCAGGGAAACUUUUUUUUUUUUUUCUCUAGCCUACAAAGCUGAGAUAGGGGCCAGGCCAGCAUUUGGUUAGGGUGUGUUCGCCGAGCACAGGGUUGAAAACUGCUGAAUAAGAAUAAGCAUUCACAAGAUCAAACUUGACAGUUUUCGUAGAUUCCUAAUUAUUUUACUGAUAGUCUGUCGAGCAGAAAAUGGCAGCACUUUAUAGAUAAUAAAGUAUUCUCUCUAUGUUCUAAUUACAUGCGUUUAACAUUUUUCAAUAUUUUGUAUAUUCUCGCAUGUUAUGGCUGGUGCAGCUUGUGUAUGUUCCUCCCCCUUCCUUCAUGCGCUGCAUGCGUUAUCACACAGUACUGAGUGCCAUCCUCCAUUCUACGGUUUGGUUGUCAGGCACCUCUAGUCAUGAAAUCCCAUAUUUUACUUACAGGGUUUGGUUUAGCCAGGUUUACAUAAAUUCACAGAUGUUCAAAAUUCAGUGCGACAUUAGAUUUGCUGGGUUCUCCGUACAUGGCUCGAAAUCACCAUCUUCAACUUGCAAGAGGUGAUACGUUACAUGGACCAUCCAAACACCAUAGCAGCUUAUUGUAGUGGUAAUGGUUCUUGAAAGACUUUACGUAAAAUUUGCAUUUGGAAAUCUUGCUUUGAAUUUGCCUUGUAAUGUUGGGUUUCUUCUCUCUCUCUAGUACCCCCCUUUCUAAUCUUUAUUGAAGAAAAACUUCAAUAUAUUUCUAUUUACUAAUGAAUCUGUUAAAUGUCUGGUGCUCAUACUCCAUACUUUCCCCAUCAAUGCCAUUUGAGGAAGCAUUGUUUCCCAUUCAGCUGUCCAGGUAUUUGUACAGUGUGAGCACACUCCGGCUCUGGGAGUUCAGUAAUUUAUUUUGAUUUGAGCAUGUCACAACUACAAGGAUUUCAUAGGUAAGUAUGCAGGGACAGUAAUGGCAGCCAUACUUUAAAUGUCCCUUUAGUGGUUUAAAACCUUAUUCAGACAUGGUGAGAAAUAUCCUGGUUGGCUUUCAGAGCCCUGGUUUUAGCACAGUAAACCAGGCAAUUUACAGAUCAGCUUGAUGGUUUACCUCACUGUUUAGUGACUCCAGUUUCUAUUCCCUCACAGUGGGUGGUGUGCAUGGUUAUUUGAACUCUUAUCAGCCCCUAAAAAACACUUUACAUUAGUUUAGAAAGGACAUUACACAUGUAUAUCAAGUUUGCCUUAGGGCGGUAAUUACCUACUGUGUUCUUUUAAAUUGCAAACCGCACUGCCCUUUAUCCUGUGUGUGACCCAACCACUUAUCUGUAGUAUCCAAACUCCUCAUAAAGAGGCCUUUAAAAAACCCUGUGUUUUCAAAGUUUAAAUUGCCAACUGUAUCUGAUUUUAAUCUAGUACAUAACCUAACGUCUAAUUCUCCAGCCCUGCACUUCAUGAAGGCAGAAUAGUGAUGUGAAGGCUAAAUUAAAAUGUAAAAUGCUGCACAUAUGUCACUUGUAUUUAAAGGCCCCUUGAUGGCCAGUAGAGCAGUUGUUCUAUUUGACACCCCUCUAUAGAAUUACAUGUUAUGAUCUACAGGAGGGGGGGUGUACAUCUUUGUGUGAGAAUAUUUUAUGUGGUUGAUAAAGAGAGAUUAAUUAUUGUUGACUUUUUAUUUUAUAGACCUUUAGAUCCUUGUACACAUGCAUGUUUGCAGAGUGAUCUAAUGCACCCACAUUUACUUUAGUAUGAAAAUUCUAGUCUAGACCUAAGCGGGGCCCACAGUACUUAUUUAUUUUCAUAGAAAAAAAUCAAUUGGGUACUAAUGGUUGCUUGGACAGAUUACAGGGACACUAUAGUCACCAGAACUACAGCUUAAUGUAGUUGUUCUGGUGAGUAUAAUCAUUGCCUUCAGGCAUUUUCAUGUAAACACUGCCUUUUCAGAAAAAAGGCAGUGUUUACAUUGUCCCUAAGGACACCUCCAAGUGGCCACUCCUCAGAUGGCCACUGGGGGUACUUCCUGGCUCAUUGCAGCACAGUAGGGAAGCAGUGCCAUUCAGCGUCCCCACACUCUGCAUGGAGACGCUGAAUUUUCCUCAUAGAGAUGCAUUGAUUCAAUUCCUUGCCGAUUUUAUUGGCUUUGGAUUGGCUGAAAAUCAGCAAUUCUGAUAUCACAAAGAGGACGGAGAGCUGAAAAUAAGGUGUUUCUAACCCAUUCUGAAGGGAUUAAAAGGGGGGUCUUCCUGAGCAUGUGUUCCUGAGCCUAUAGUGUACCUUUAAAUGUUUAAGAAACAUUUUAGGUUUUGGAUGUAAUGCGCGAGAAAGAAACAUUUUCCCCGGUUUGUCCCUGCUGUGUUACUUUGAAAUCUCUGUUUAUUGCAGUUCCACCGCACAGUGUGGGGAAUACAGAAAGGUCUGUUUGUUUUAAUAGGAUUUACUGGCUCUGGGCCGGUGGAUUACAGUCAUUUGUCACAUUAAUGCCAUUUCAGCGAUUAUAGAGGUACGCUUCCAAAGAAUCGCACAUGCUGCAGCUGCACUUUUUAUGGCUGUUCUGUGUGUGUAACCAUCUCAGGAUUAAAUUGUAUUGUACAGGACAGCUUUUGCAGAGAAAACAGCUACUUUAUUUGGGAAGGUGAAUUAAUUUGAGAGCUGUGUCUCUCUUGUGCUGCCCAUUUUGAGACCAUCUUAAUUUCGCUUCUUUGGAAGCAAAGUAGCCUGUUCUACUGUAGUCUUUCCUACCAUCCUUUAAAUAUUUUAAUAAAUCUUGCUAUUGGUUAUAAGACAUUACCAGUAGAACAUUACAUGCAUGAUGUCAUCACACAGCACUGAUAUCCCAGGUUAACGGAUGUCCGCCGAUUUACUCCCUAAAUACCCUGUGCUAGUGUGGAUUGUCCUGCAUAUUUAGUUCAUGGGAAUGUUCUGCACAUUUCAAAGAACACUCAGACAACAUCAAUUGAUUCGGACAAACUAAAUUUCUUUACAGUGCACAAGCCUACUAAUAAUCCAUUGAGAUAUAGAUCUAUCUUACCAAUCUUUAUUUAGCGAUUUUCAAAUGUGAGGGAAUUUGUGCUUUGCCUUUACAGUAGUUGAUAAUAAGGACGUGCUUACAUGGAGUGUAUUGGUGGCUAGGAGUUGGCUGAGUGAUCUCUAAUAAAUUAGAAUUUUACAUUUUUUAUGAAUGUAAUCUUUCCUUUCUCCAGCAAUGAGCAUUCAGUAUGUUAUUGAAUCAAGUCAAAAUGUAAUCUACACACCUGUCAGUAUGAACAAUAAGCAUCUUAUUAAUAUAAGGCUAUAUCACUUAGUUUAUUAGUAUUGAAGGAUAAAGUGCUCAAACUAAGUACUCCAGGAGUUCUUACAUAUUAAUCAUAGCAGUGAUCAUAACGUUUUACACCCGGGUUCUAGGACUGCAUUUUCUAGAUCCUCAUCCAGUCUUAUGGCGACAAAGCCAUCACUAAAUCAUUUCUGGAUUGUUGCCAAGACGAUCUAUGGUUAGGGGGUCUGGGUUUUAACUUUUUAAGUAUUAUUAUUUCUGGCUAAUAGUACAUAUAUAUAUUUUUUUUUUCCCAAACAGUAUAUCUUUGGGGAGUUCAGCGAUGAUGAAUUCAGGCAGUUUUUUGUGACGACACGCUGCACAGUUGAGGUGAGUUACUCAUUAUCUAUUUAGUAAAUGUCUAGGUUGAGAAUAAAUUAGUUUGAGACAAUCUUUGAUUCCAGGUCCAGAUUGUCUUUUUCUUGAAGGAACACAUUUACUUAAUCCCAGUUUGUUAUACAGUGGUAUUAAAGAUACAAAGACCAAUUCAUUGUUUUUUGACAUUUUGUCCGAAUUACUCCCGAUUAUUGGUAAGCACUAAUCAAAUUAUUCUUAACAGUAUGUUCUUAGCUAAUGCAUCGGGCAUCAUUUGGUUCAGAUCCAGUGGUCUAAGGCAGGGGUGUGUAACCUUUAGCACUCCAAAUGUUGUGGACUACACAUCCCUUAAUGCUCUUAAAGCCUUAAUGCUGGCAAAGCAUCUGUGGAGAUGUAGUUAAGAUCUAGAGAGUGUUGAUGGUUGCAUUCUCCUGGUCUUGGGUAUCAACAAAUGUUAAGAUAGAACGGUUCCCCUUUCUAUAUCAGCUCAUACCUCUGACCAUACAGUGUGCUUGCUUUAGUUAACGCCCAGUUUCUGCAACAAAUUGUUACACACUAUGAUGAAAUGCACCUUCAUGUAAGACACAUUGCUUCUGAAAUUGCUAUAAUUUUAUUUAGGUCUUUAAACUGAAUUAACUAGGCUUGAUAAAUGGCACACAUGCCUUCUUUUCCAUUGGUCUCUGAAAUACUGAACAAUGGGUCAAAUGGCUCCUUGAUACUACAGGAUACACAUUUUAAUGCCCCUUUAAAAAGAAAUGUUUUGUAAAAUAAUCAGUCUGUUUUAUAAAUGGAAAAAUCAUACUACCUGUCUGUUAAAAUUAGUUUUAAUUGUCUUGUUAGAACAUCAGGAGGGUCUAAUUGCCCUGGGGAAAGCUGUGCCAUGUGUUGAAAUACCUAUAUUUAUUUUGUGUAGUUCUAUCGACUCCAAUUGUUUUAUAAUUUUUUUUUAAUUUUUUUACUUCCAAGAUUGCUUUGUUGAACACCACUCCUAGAGUCUUAUGGGAAGGCAUUAACAUGGUUACAUAUUUACUUAACAUUAAUAAUUUAAAUAAAGCUAUAGCAGCCCAUCCCCAUGCCCUUUUAUACACCAUGUGACUGGGAAAUUGGGAAAAACUGAAUAAACAAAACCGCGAUCACAUGGCAAGUUCCGUAUGUAAGCAGUGAGUCCUGGGUAUCAAUGUAUAACCACAAUAAAACAAGUGAAAAGACAGCAUUAUCAAUAAAAUUAUAAAAAAUGAAAAUUUAAAACUAGGAGCAGCACCUAACCGUGUAUUAGCCCCAAAACACUCCUAAAACUACAAAAAAACAUACAAUAGGUGCGCACCUAUUGUUUGUUUUUUAUCCAUGUAUAAUGAAUGCACUAAAACAUCUACUGUGUGUUGAGCAGGACCCUCUGUAGAGGAGCCAGGAACAAUGCAUGAGGCAUAAAAUUAUAUUCAAAAUGGUGGUUAAUCCUCUUUGCGGCACGUCAAAUGAUAUUACACGCUCCUCCCAUAUAGUCCAGCAUUAGUCUGGAUAGUUAUCAAAUAACACGUUUAAAGUGAUCACAAGUACAUUAUCUUCAGCCAAAGUCACAUACUGUGUCGGCUGAUGGUGGCAUACAGCAUACCUAGAAAACACCUGUGGAAUUACUUUGAGAACUGUAGUAAUAUUCCCUGUUGUGUAAACGGCUUAGACGAGACAAUGGGAGCCGCAGCUUUGAAACAUGCCCUUUUACAUAAUUCCUUCCAUGUCCUUUAUUUUGUCCUGAAAACAGCAUAUCUUAAAGAAUAAAAACUGACCAUAAGAUACUACAAUGUAUUUGCAUUACUUCAGCAACUACAAAUGUCCAUUAGUUAGUUUGUAGGCCUUAGUGGAGUUAUGAAUAGUAUCCGGAUCAGAUUGAUGCCCUGGGAGAUUGCAUUAACUUUAGAAGGGCCACAGAAUUGCUUAUUCUAUACAUUACUCAGCACUUUUCCUACACCGCACCAGUCUUGAUAAAUCGUUGGGUGGUCUCACAGCACACAAUUUCCAUAGACACACAUUUUCUAUCCUCCCACCAUACUAUAUCAUUAAAUUUGGAUUUUCUCUUGUGCUAUAAGCAGGAAGGCAGCAAAUAGACUAAUUCAGCGGGAGAGUAAGGUAAAAACCUCAACUAACAUUGUUUGGGAAACUUAUAAUAAUAAUUCUAUGUAAACAGUCAUUGUUAUUGGGUUUUCCAUUCUCUGUAACCAUUGUUUCUGUUCUCUCAAUGUAGCUACCCCCAUUCAAUGAAGCUGUUCUGUGUGGGACUCAGUCUUCAAGUGAUCUGCAAGAUGGUGAGUGUGUGGUCACUUCUGUAUGCUGCGCUCAACUAUUUCUCACUAUUUCUUUCUACUCUAAUGUGGUGGGCUCCAUACUGACAAUCUGAAUGGACUAGAAAUACUUUUAUUUAAGUGAAUCAUCUGAUUUAUUUUUAUUUAUUUUUUUUCUUUCUGGAAAGCUUUAUUUCAAGCCAGGAGCAGUCUUUUUUCACCAUGGCAUAUUGGUAAGAAAUUUAGAUUUUUACAGCUAGUUGGUUUAACUGACAGACAUUUCUUGGUUUAUUUGGGAUGUGACCAGGCUUCGACAGGCUAUUUCUUGCUUCCCACGUGUUGAGUGGGAUGUAUGUUAUUCAUUCAAAAACACACAUCUUUAUUAGUUUGAGAGAGUGUAGCUGCAUACAUCCAGGCACUAGGCAUGCUUUCAUAUUUACCAUACUGCUCAUGUGCUGUACAAGCUCUAAGACUCGGCUAGUAACCUAUAAGCACUUUGACAUUGUAAAGCCACCAUGGUUGUCAUCUUGAUAUUUGGUUUAAUUAAUCAGGGUUUGGUGGUAAGAUUGCUUGUAAUGUGAAAGUUUUGUUAUAAAAUAUUUUUAGAGUAUAGUGAGCCCUUUUCUUGUUUUUCGCUUGUCAUGUGACUAAAAUAUAACUUGUAUUACUCAACCUCUAUUGGCCCCUGGAUGAUGAAAGUUUAAAUUGACUCUGCCUGUAAAACCUGUGAGGUUUGCAUAGGUUGAUGCAUUUUCAUCACUCAGUUUUUAAAGUCUUAUAUAGAUGGCAGCAUUUUUAUCUAUUAAGGGUAACUUUUUUUCUUUUGCAGGUGAAGAAUACCAGAGGAUUGAAUUUGGGGUGGACGAAGUGAUUGAUACGGAUGGAUCCCUUCUUAAUAAUACCGAUUACAGUAUUUCAAGCACCCUGAACCCUCAGGCUCCAGAAUUCAUUCUUGGCUGCUCACCUAAUCAGAAAUCGCCUAAUGACAUUCUACAUGAAAACAACUACGAUCCCAGUGAUGGUCAGUUGAGCGAGUCUGCCCUUCCGGACGGCAGUGGCAAUGCAGACAGUGAUGGCACAUCAGGCAUUGGACAGCGCGAGCGUAAAAAGAAGAAAAAAAGGCCACCUGGUUACUACAAUUAUUUAGAAGGUGUUGGGGAUGGUGGCACUGCUGUAGAGACCCUUGUAAAUGGGCAUGCUGGCUCAGCAGGACUCAACUGUAUAAGCACAGAUGACCCUGAGCUCACGGAAGAUAUACCAAAUUCUUCAGCCUCUCCUAGGACUUGUAACAGCCCGGAUAACUCUGUGGACUUUAACAAUGAAGCUUUGUCUGAUGAUGCUUCAGUACCUAAUGCACUAGACAAUGCCAGGACUGCUGGUCAGCCUGAGGAAUGCAGUGUUACUUCUUUGGAACAAUCUUGUAUCCUCUCUGACGAUGAGAGGGAGACCUCUGUAAGGACAGCUGUUGUCCAGCCUUUUGCUGGUAGUGAUACUACUGAAAACCUUGGAGUUUCCAAUGGACAAACACUUGAAGCCCCAGAGGAAGGCCUGACCUCCAAUGGGGUGGAAUUACACUCUGAGGUCAAUGCCCCCUCUGAGCCAGCCAAGCAGGAGGAUACUUCGGCUCCUCUGGCUGUGACCCAGGUUUCAGGAUCAGCCUCUGUUAACCCACCAGCUAAGUCCUGGGCUAGUCUUUUUCACAAUUCCAAGCCCUCAUCCACCACACGGGUGGCUUAUGUUGAGACUAAAUAUGCCCCUCCUGCCACAUCUCCCCAGGCCCCAGAGAAACAAGUUGAAGUUAAGGAGGGCCCUGUUCCAGUAUCAGAGGAUCCAGUAGCCAUAAAGAUUGCAGGUAUAUCUAACUUAGGCUAGAAAUAUUACUAGUCCCCAUUACCCUUAAAUGCCAUUGGUCUCUCCAGAAGGAGACAUCAUGCAGUCUGUCUGGCCACAUUUUAAAGUGGACCUAAUGUGUAAACAGGGGUAAAACAAAUGUGCUUUUAAUCUCUUACAAUAUUUUUCUUUUCAGAGUCUAUUUUUGGUAAUGUCAACAUGUCACAUUAUUAGUGUUAAUCUUUGUAAAACUAAUAUACAUUUUAAGCUGUUCUGUUGUCCACAGCAAUGAGAAUAUUCACUAAACAAAGGUUCUAUGCAGAAUUGGUAGAUGAAGAAAAUAGCCAAAAAAUCCCUAAAAUGUUCUAACCCUUGUUAGCUCUGUACAAUUCCUGCUUCAUCAAGUAAAUCAUUGGAAAGCCCAGUACGUAGUUGUAUAACUGGAAAACAAUCUUUGAUAAGUGUCACAUUUCCUUUACAAGGUAAAAGUAAUAUUGUUCUACAUUGGCUCAAUUUAAAAGGAGUGUAGAUAAGUAGUUUGCAUAUCUGUACAACAUCUCUCCAGUAGAGGGAGAGCCAGUUAUCAAAUUACUUGUUUGUGCAGUGAGCUUCUUAUACGAACCCAGGAGACUUUAAAGGAACACUAUAGGGUCAGGAACACAAACAUGUAUUCCUGACCCUAUAGUGUUAAAACCACCAUUCCCCCACCCUUUUCAUGCCUCCCCUAAAUAUAGUAAAAUCUUACUUGUAUUCAAGUCUGCAGCUGCUGCCUCUGCCCCUGAUCUGCCUGCUUACAGCUGACGUCAGAAGUGAUUCUGCGAGCCAAUCACAAUGCUUUCCAAUAGAAUUGGCUGAGACUGUCAAGGAGACGGAUCAGGGUCAGAACCAGCACAAGUCAAACACAGCCCUGGCCAAUCAACAUCUCCUUAUAGAGAUUAAUUGAAUCAAUGCAUCUCUGAGGAAAGUUCAGUUUCUGCAUGCAGAGGGUGGAGACACUGAAUGUCAGUCACUUUGCAGCACUACCCCAGGAAGCACGUCUAGCAGCCACCUGAGGAGUGGCCAGUGGAGGUAUCCCUAGGCUGCAAUGUAAACACUUCAUUUUCUCUGCAAAAAGCCUGAAGGGAAUGAUUAUACUCACCAGAACAAGUACAAUAAGCUGUAGUUGUCCUGGUGACUAUAGUGUCCCUUUAACUUUCUUAUUGUUCUUCUGAAACUUAAAGGAACAAUAUAGUCACCCAGACUACUUCAUCCCAAUGUCCUUUUAAACGUGCAAUGUAUAACAAUAUAACAUUUAUUUUUAAUUUCAAUCAUUCCAUUGCAGGGUUAAGUCCACUUGUAGUGACUCAGUAUUGCUGUUCAGCAGCAUUGAUAAAGUAAAAUGUGAUCAUGUGAUACGGAAGCCCCAUAAAAUGUUUUCCUAUCGGGAAGUUUUGGGUGUUUGACAGCUUUUCAGAGAUUUUCUUUGGGGAGCACUGAAUUGGACUAUCUCCGCCCAUUCCUCCUCUGUGACGUCGCAGGAGGCAGAGAGGUAGCCAUGGUGCUUUAAAGUAACACCUUUAUUUUUCUUUUAAAUUGUAUAGCGAACUGGGGCAACGAACCAGAAUCAGAGUAGGGACUGAAACCCUAUAGCGUGAGGAAUACAGAUUUGUUUUUCAUUAAGUUGUUUUUAUCCAUGGAGAAUUUGGCUAUGUGAAAUGUGGAUGACACUAGGUGUUAAUGAGUACUCAUUAUGGUCAGAACAGUUUUGACAUAUAUCAUAUACCCAGCAUCAAACUUGCAUACCACCAGACUAAAUGGGUGAAAGUGAUGCAAGGUAGGGAAUUGCAUUUAUUUAAAUAGGUGCUUUUUCUGUCUUCUGGACUGAUUGCUCUGUACUAGUGUUCUGCCCUAUUUCUAGCAGACUUGUUUGAGAGAAUACACAGUAUUUGAGCAAGGGGGAGUCAACGUCACCAAAUCAGUGCUAACCCUUUCUGCACUUGCAAAUUAAAACAGGUUCCCUGUGACAGGAGUUUCUGUCAAUUUGGCAUUGCCAAAAAUCCUGAGUUUGGAGGGGAACCUGCAGCCUAAGUAGCUACUGCAGGACUAGGGUCAGGAAUACACGUUUGCUGACACUAUGGUGUUCCUUUAUAGGAACACUAGUGUCAGGAAUAGAAACGUGUAUUCCUGACACUAGUCCUGGAGUUUAAAAAUCAAUUCUAGGUGACCGCCCUAAUUUUCUCCCUUUAACCCCUUAAGGACCAAACCUCUGGAAUAAAAGGGAAUCAUGACAUGUCACACGUGUCUUGGGAUAAUUAAAGGACCACUAUAGUGCCAGGAAAACAUACUCGUUUUCCUGGCACUAUAGGGUCUCUAGGUCGGAUUAACCCAUUUGUAAACAUAGUUUCUCUGAAACUGCUAUGUUUAUAGAAGAAAAGGGUUAAUCCUAGAUGGACCUGGUCCUAUAAGCAUAUUCGUCUUACUUCGUCUAAUUUUAGAUUUCACUGCAACAUACAAUCAGGGCUCAAAAUAUCCACUCAUCACUAGCCAAUGGCUAGAAAAAUUACCCCUGGCAAGUAGAAUUUCACCCCUUGUGUCAUGGAUCCUCCAGGCUAGAAGUGGUGAGUAAUUUUAGACCUGGCUAGUAGUGUGGGCUUGCUCUGAAUACAUUCAUUAAAUUGAUGUUUGAAUAUUAAUAAGCUAAUAUUUGAUUUGUGUUGCCUGUGUUCUAGCUAGGUUAGAUUAUAGAUAGUUUGACUGACUGUACAUUAUAAAAUUGUCUUUUUGGAAUUGUUAAAUUGCGGUUCUGAAAUUCUACAUAAUAGGGUAAUGCUAAGAAACCGUUUUUGUCGUCUUGAGAGCAUACUGGUGUGCCCAAUGCUGCUACAAUGUCUUUAUUACACUUGGUGAUCUUGUAUUACAAAUUGCGGAUGUAUUUUUGUUCUGUCCAUAGCUGGAUCUAGAUUAGUCCAGUAAGACUGGUACUUGUUGCAUGUUUUCUAAUUGAACUGUCAUACUGUAACUAAACUAGUUUACGGUAAUCUAAAACUUUUAGAUUUCACAAAUUCUGUAUAUUAUUAUUCAACCUUUUAAACCAAAUAAAGGACAGUUCGAAUAUAAAAAACUAUAUUUUCUGUCUAAUACCUGCCUUUAACCCCUUAAGGAUGGAGGCAGUAGUAAAAGGUACAAAAGCUACAAUUUGAGCUAAUGUUUGUUCAAGGUAAACUUUCAUAUUAAUAAGCUCACCCACAGUUAUAAUUUGUAUUCAGGAGAAAUAGGGCUUUCAUUUCACUUAAAAUAUUGGUAUAUGAAACAUAAUGUAAAAAUUAAUAAUAUCCCCCAAAAAGUGUGAGAAACUAAUCCUCCCCCCCCACUCCCCCCCCCCAAAGGUUCUGAAUGGCUUUUAAUGUAAUAAACAAAAUCUGCAUAUUUAUGUUAAGCGAUGGCUCACCAGUACCAGUGCAUCUGUAGGGACAUCAAUGCACUUGCAUUAAAAUCAUUGAUUUUGGUCCAUGGACUCUCAUUCCAACGCCAAUACUUUAAUACUCCAUUGUGCAAAUUGUAGACUCUUUACAUUUGAAAUCAUAAACUUCAUCUACUUCAUUAUAUAACUUCUGUGCUAUAGUUUGCUUUUUUUGUUUUAUAACCCAAAUACACUGCUGUAUAAAUUAUGUACUUUCUGCAUCCUGUCCUAUAGGUUCCAUAUUUAAUUUUGUAACUUCUAGGUGAGUGCUGUUCAGUCUACAGCCUGUGGACUGCAUUUCCCAUAACUCUGCUGCCUCAGGAUUAUGAGAACAGUAGCAGCUGGACAGCAAAGGGUGUACCCCUCUGUCAUAGACUGUUCUAUCCUCUCUCUACUCUAGUUCCUCUUACCAAUAGUUUAUAUACUUUGUUCUGUGACUUCUUCUUGUUAAGCUAUAAAUUCUGUAUGCUGAAAUCAUUUUGUAACUUUGUUGUGUGAUAAAUGACUGUACCAUGGUUUUGCACUUGGGUAUCUCAUGUUAGUGAUGUUAAAAUAACUUGGUAACUACCAGUGCCUUAGUGCCCUCCCAGGGUAAGUAGUCAAACUAUUUGUGAACGGUUUGACAACUUACCACGGUCCACAUGACAGCUGGAAGUUUUAAUGAGCUAAGCCCUUUCAUGUGCUCAGUUAUGGUGCUUAGAGCAUUCCUGCAAUUUGUGUUAAACAAAAAAAUGUACAGUUUAGUUUUUAGUUUUUUUGAAAUCUUUUCAGUAUUUUUUUUACCUCUGUUUAAAAUCCUUGGAGCUCUGUAGUGUAUUUGUGUGUCUUACUCAUUGGAUGAAAUCAUUCUUUUUUUAACAUUUUCUCAUUGUAAUUAAUGUUACAGAAAUGCUGGAAGGAGUGAAACUUGUUCAUAAACCAGUAUCAUUGCAGCCACGAGGAUUAAUCAACAAGGGAAACUGGUGCUAUAUUAAUGCUGUAUCCUUUUCUACUGGGCAACAUGUGUGUUCUGUGUAUGUUGGAUCUGUUUAAUACAACAUAUACAAUGAAUUGGAGUUACUUUAAACAUGCCUAUAUAACUUUAUACACUUACAUACAAUCUGUGUACAGAGCUAACUAUGCUCAUGGGGUACCAGAAAAGAAAAUGGCAGCGGGAAAGGUUACUUGAGUUGGUCUUGGCUAAAAUAAAAAUCAAUGCAGAAACCCCCACAGGUAACUGUUCUGCUUUAGUUACAAGUGUAACCAUCAAAGUAGCAGUCUUUCAUGGACACACACAAUUUAUGCAUUUAAAUUAAUGGUCUUCUGCCCUAAUUUAAAGUGUGUGUGUGUGUGUGAACAAUUGACAGAACACAAAAUAUAAUUUGUUACCAAGCACUUUCUGUACUUGCUGGUCAUUCACUUGUUUAAUUCCCUAGCCUAAUCAGUGACCAUGUGUCGCCGUUUCAGAGAGCGUAGGAAACACUUAGCUUUCAAUCUUUUACAUGUGGUGUAGUAUCUGUCUUGGUGUAUUUGUGACCCUGUGGAGUUGUUACUCUCCUUAACAUAUCUCGAAGACAUUGCAGGCUCUUGUGGCUUGCCCACCAAUGUAUCAUCUUAUGAAAUCCAUUCCAGUCUACACAAAGGCCAUGAGACCGUGUACAUCAACCCCUAUGAUUGACAGUUUGUAAGUAUCCAAGCCCUUCCAAGGCAGAAUUGCUGCAUGCCGUGGUCCUGGGUGAACAUUAAGGUGAUCUGACAGCAUUUUGUGUGGUUAAAGAGAUGCUGGAUGAAGAGGAUCUUAUUGAAAUAAUGAUGCUGAGUCGUCCAUUCAUCUCACCCUUCCUGAUUACGAUAUGAACUUUUACAGCUGCGCAAUCCUGGUUUGUGCCUGAAAUUUUAACAUGAAAGGUGUGAUAAAGCUCUGCAUGUAAAGUUUCUUUCAAUUUGUUGAAAACCCCUGGCAGAGUCCAGCCGUAUUGGGCAUGACGAGAACCAUGCCUUAUCUAUUAAUUUCUUUGUAGUCUUGUACUGUGUACAGCUAACUUGGAACCACUUUCCAGACCAGCGUGCAAUAUUGUAUUUUACUGCCACGUAGAUUUUUUUUUUUUUUUUUUAAAUAUAUGUUCUCCUAAAAGGUUGUUUUUGUCUUUGUUUUCCAGCGUGCGGCUAAUGAAUGAGUUUACAAGCAUGCCGGUACUCCCGAAAACAAAGCAAGGUAUGUGAUUCCCGGAGAGAAGUUCCUUUACAUCAGCCUGAGUUUCUGAAUUCUCCAGAGAAUGGGUGGCCCUAGCUUCUCAGCCAGUAAAUGAAUAAACAGUAGGAUCCACCAAUUUUGGGGUACCUUGACAAGGCUAGGUCAAUGAACUUGACUUGUAUUGACCACAUAUGGUCUGACCAAAUGUUCAUAUAUAGUAUUACAAACUGCAUGUUCUGGUGUCUCCCAAAUUCUUCCCCUGGAAUAAACAAGAUUUUUGACAGGUAGAAUUGCUGGAAAAGAUUAUUUUUUUUUUUUUAAAAAUACUAAAACUAAUUUUAGGAUAGUAUGUGGUGAUAGUUAAUCUUGGCUUUGCAGUUAACAACUAGAUUUCUGUUCCUGAGGAAAUAUUUAGAAACCUUCUUGGUAUCUGGGUUUCCCACCACUCAUGUAAGGUACGGUAAGAUACUAGGAUAGGGUUACACCAAUAGAGACUGUUCAGAAACCAAAACCACGGCCUAGUGCUAUAGUAAAAAUAGUCCUAUAGCAAUAGUCAGUCCUACCAUAACCCUCUACUUUAGUGCAUUAAUGUACAUACACUUUCCUGGUGGAAAGACUUGUGCAGACUGUAGCCUGUAGGGGGAAGUAGUGGUGGUGUUAUGGUGAUCUCUGCCAGCAUUAAUGUAUUAACUCUUUCUAUCGUGUGUUUAGGUCAUAGACAUUACAUAAUAAUUCCUUGAGAUCUAGCAGGGAUGUUAAAGGAAGGUGAGAGUAGAAUGCAGGCUGAUGCAGUAACUGUGACAAAGCAUGCCGUUUGUGAGUUCAGGUUUCCUUACCUGUUGAUAUCUGGUUCUAAGUUUUUAUUUUUCAUUGCAGCUCCUGGGGAGAAGAUCGUCAGGGAUAUCCGCCCGGGGCCUGCCUUUGAACCCACUUACAUCUAUCGCUUAUUGACUGUUUCCAAAUCAAGUCUUUCUGAAAAGGUAAAGCUGUUUUAGAAAGUAUUUUGUCACUUUAACUCCCAUCAGGCAUGGUCUUCGUGUGAGUUACACCAUCCAAGGGGUGUGCUGGCGCCUCACCAGGUAUUGAUGUCUUUUAGCACAUUGUUACUGCUGUACUGAUAAUGCAGAAAUUUCCCAUAACAAAGUGCAAUUCUUGGCAGCACUGAUAGGCUGAGAAGUACGGGUCUUGUCCAAAAUAGUUUAGUAGAAAUCCUGGGGACGGUGCCAUAACUUACCUGGCACCUCAACCACUAUAAUGGGCAGUAAUGUAUAUGAUGGGCAGUGCACCUUUAAUUUAUUGCAAAGUACGGCAAUUCUUUAUAAUUACGUUUUUUUUAAUGAACAAGAUAAAACUAUUUUGUAUUUCCAUUCUAUCCUUUGAGAGAAUAUCGCACACUUUUUGAUAGGAGCAUGUUUGUGUUUAUAUUAUAUGUAAUCUAUUUUGCUGGUUUUACUUCCAGGGUCGCCAGGAAGAUGCAGAGGAAUACCUUGGAUUUGUAUUGAACGGACUACACGAGGAAAUGUUGUCACUGAAAAAACUUCUUUCCCCGCAGAAUGACAGUACGUUUAUAGAUGGUCUUUAAACCCGUUCCUUGUGGCAGCAUUAUUGUCCUGUUCUAGGCAUAGUUUGUGCUGGACUCCAUUAGAAGCAGUUUGCCGGAGCACAACUGUGCGUUAACAAGAGUGCGUCAAUCUUGAUUGAAAACCACCAUUUGGCGGAUCUCGCUUAGCACAUAAUUACUAGUUUUAAUGCCCUUGUUCAAUUUCAUACUAAUCAGUUACUUCUUGCAGUGAUUCACAGAACUGACCACUAGAGGACGCCAAAUAUUUAUUAAAUAUUGUGGCAGAAGCAGGUUUCUAAUAUAAAGAAAUCACUCAUAACGUUCUAAAAAUAUGGAGUAAUCCACUCUAUUGUGAUUAUUAUUAUUUUUUUUUUUUAAAAAAGCUUUUUACACACUUCCAAAUUAUUAGCAAAAAAAUCACCAUAUUCAGAUAAUUUGACAUUUCUUUUCCACAUCAUGAUUUUUAGCUAAUCAGUUCUGUUGUCAGCCCAUGACCUGCGAUGACACCUUAAUGAUAAGUUACACUUACCGCUGACAGGAAAUAUCUGGUUUAACAUAGAAUUUAGAACCUGUGAUCAUUGAUUGGAACUUUUCACAUUAAAAUAGGAUCCAUGAAGAAUUGACAGAAUAAAAUGACUGUUUUUUUUUUGCAAUUCUUUAUUUUUGCGUGCAACGUUAGUUACAAUACUACCCUUAUGGCCACAACAUCCUUCCGGGUUUUCGAAUGUUUCAUGACAUCACAACAUAGUAUAGGCAUAUAUAGCAGUCUGUCGGUUCUAAUCUGUGGUUUCAGCUAGUUCUGCACAUUUUAAUAUAAUUUAUGGAUCAUUUGGUGUCAAACUGAGGCAACAUUGGAGUAAUUUUGAGGAGUGUCUUUUUCCCCUCCAGUGCCAGGAUUGUAGUAGUGUGUGUGGGGGGGGGAGGGGGGGGGUAAAGAACACAAGGCUUGUCUGUUUAGAGAUGGCUGGUUGCGUGUUUGUGCCUCCUUAUGUGUUCCAUGUUGGGGUUGAUUGCGUGUGUAAAUGGUUGUCCUCAGUGAUGUUUGUGUCCACAGGUGAGUACUGUGAAGUCUGCAUGUGUCAGCGUGUGUUCGUUUGUGUAUAGGGGUUGUCGCUCAUUGAGCCUAAUUGUGCCUCUGCGAUCGUCCAGUUGGGAAUUGACUCCUUACUGAGGGGGGGGUUACAGCAAUAAAAAGUGAAACAGGUGAAACAAAAGGUAAAACAGAAAGAAAGACCGUAACCGGUUUAUGCAUUGUAUGCUUGUUGGCUACAAUUUUUACAGUUCAGGUCAGUUCUCUCCGGUGCUCUCUAUUCCUGGGGAUGAAUGGAGUCGUUCUGUCAGGAUCCCAGGUGUGCGAUGACGUGGGAGUUUCUUGUUCUGUGGGCCCGGCGUGAAUCCCCAGUGCUCGUAUGAACUGUUCUGCCUCCUGUAGUGAGGAGAGAUUGUGUGUGGUACCGCUUUUGGUUACAGUCAGGGUCCUUGGUAGAGUCCAUUUGUACUCAAUUUUAGCUUCGCGCAGACUGCUCGUCACCUGCGCCACAACAGCGUGUUUCUUGUUAAGUCCUGGUAGAAGGUAAUGUGGGAUGAUUCAAAAGCAAGUGGUGUUUUUCCCCUGACUGCGGUAAGGAUCUUGAUUUUUGUCUGCCACUGAGUGGCACCAGAUGAUGACGUCUUGUGGAGCUGUGGCUGGGGCUUGUCUUGCUUUUCUGAUCCUAAAGAAGCCGUCUAGUGUGAAUUUUUUUGGCUUGGGCGUGCGGUAGGAGCGUGGCUGUGAGACGUCUGAGGCCCCGGUUUUCCGUCGGGUCUUUCUGCACGUUUGUGGAUACAAAAAAGGCAUCAGCUUGUUGCUCACUUAUUGGGCUUUCCCUGGGAGCUGGUAGAAUGCCUCUGCAGGUGCUGCAGGGCUUCGUUUUAGGGCCUUUUUGCUGUCGUUUGUCCGGAGCUCGGAGGUGAUGCGACCGUUCCUGUCUGGCGCUCGGCUCCGCCCCCCAAAAUGACUGGGUUUUAAGGGGUUAAACCGUACUAAUUUAAGUGAUGCAGCUUAGAUCUUCUUCAUUGGCAUCUGCAAGACAGUGAGAUCUGGCCAAUUCUGCUGUUCACAUUCUGUGUGUAAGGGAAUAAAAUGCCAUGCACACAAGGCUUCCUUUCCAAUGUACUUUAGAAAUUAUAUCUGCUUUUGCAUAGUUUGCACUAGGCCAGGGGUAGGCAACCUUUUAGCAGCACUGUGCCGAAAUAGGAUUGUGAUUUCCUGUAGCGUGCCGGUUCUAUUUUUUUAAAUUGAGGUGUGUAUGUUGCUGUAUUCUGCUUGUUACGUAUACUGUAGUUGCUUUGUAUCGUCGUAUUUGUGCGUAUAUGAGCUAUUAUAUUGUAUAUGUUUAUGAGUAGUUUGUGGUAUUGUGAGGCUGUUUAAGGUAUUGCAUGUGAGAGGCUGCAUGUGGGGUUGUGUGCAUAUAUGUGGAUUGUCAGUGGUGUUAAGUUUGUGCGGAUUGUGUGUUUGUGUGUGGGCUGUUCGUAUUAUUUGUAUGAGGGGAGGGUUAUUCUGCAGCUCUGUGUAUAUCUAGCAGUGUGGGUGGGGACCAGGACGGCCAGGUACAUGUCAAGGACAGGAGCUGCAACAGCAGUUGCGGGCUGCUCUACUCCAGUGUGGAUUCCCAUUCACAAGUGCUGGAAUGAAGUGAUCUAAGAUCACUUCCUCUAAGUGCUGCAAUGCAUAAAUUGAGGAUUUCCCUUCACCACCUCUUCGUAUUAGCAGAUAUCUGAAGUUUACCUGGGACUCAUGAUAGGCCAGAGCCUGUUUGGCUCUAGCAGCCCUGAGUGCCGUGCAAAGACACAUCGAGUGCCGUGCAUGGCACUAGUGCCGUAGGUUGCCUACCCCUGCACUAGGCUCUCACUGUUUAUUUUUUUUUUUUUUUCCAAUUUGAAUUUUAUUGACUUUUUCGAGUAUGCAAACUUGGGGGUGGGGAUACAGAAAGGAAGGGGGGGGUGGGGAAGACAGGUUAUCAGCAUUCGUGUUUAAGCAGUUGUACAGGUAGACAGUUAUACCGUUAUACCAAUAUACCAUUAUGCAUUUGUACAUUUAUACAGUUAUACAAAUAUUCAGUUAUACGAUUAUCCACUUUUACGUGGGUUCCCAGGUAUAUGUAUAUCUCCCCGCUAAUCACCAUUCUCUUGUAGGUGGUUGUACGGUUAUACAGUUACCCUCUUAUAUCAUUAUAUCAUUAGAUUGUUGUAUAUGGGCUCCUAGGUUUAUUUACAUUUCCCCGUUAUGUGGUUGACCAAGGUUGUCCCUGGCGUAUCUCCCACUACCUGUUGCGUAAUGUAAGCUGAGGCAUUUGCUUGUACACCUAGUGGAUGCUGGUGACGUCACCUUUUGUGGGCCUUGAUGAGUGGUUUGCUUUCUGCCCACUAGUGUGGUUAUAGCUUAUCUCCAGCUUCCCGCCCUCAUACCUCGGAUGUUAUGCUAGCCUUCCAAGUCUUAUGUGCCUCAAGUAUAUGAGUGCGUUUCCCAAAUUGUGCUGCUGUCAUAAGUUCGUACUCCCAGUUUUGUUCUACCUGUUUUAUCACAUCCUGGAUAGUGGGGGUUGUUGUUUUUUUCCAUAACCUGGAUAUCGUCUGAUUUGCUGAUAUGAGGGUGUGAUAGAGAAUCGUCUUAAUGUGCUUCGGGAUGCCCUUGGGCAACAUAAACAGGAUGCAUGUUUGUGGGUUAUCUAACCUGGGUGUCGGAUAUAUUUUUUGUAAAUGUUGGGUCACUUCCUUCCAGAAUGAGCUAAGUGCGGCGCAGGACCACCAGAUAUGUAGCAUGGUCCCCACCUCACUCCCACAUCUCCAGCAUAUGUUGGUAGUGUUUGGCCACAUCUUUUGGAGUUUGUCUGGUACUAAGUACCAGCGGUACAAUAGUUUGCGUUGUAGUUCUAGGUGUGUGUGGCAUGCUGUGAGUCCCUGAUGCGCCAGAUAUGCCCGGUCCCAGGUGUCUUCUGGAAACGUCUGGCCCAACUCUUGGUGCCACGCCAGUUUGAUCUUAUCUAGUGUUUGUGUUCGUGUUGUUAUUAGCUCCUGGUAUCCCCAUGAUAGGGUUUUCCCCAGUGUCUUUUUGCCCACACAGUGUUUUUCAAGUCUCGUCAUGUUCAGUUCAUCGUCCCAUUUAUCUUCGGCGUCUAGCUUACUUGAAACGUAGGACUUUAGCUGCAUGUAAGAGAAUAUGACCUUAUUGGGCAGUGUGUAUUCCUCCUGAAUUGCCGGUAGUGCUUUCAGUCGCCCCCUGUCUAUCACCUGAUAUAUAUGGUGUAUCCCCCCUUUCACCCAUGUCUCCCACGGGAAAGUUGGGAUGUCCAGCCCUACUGUUUGGAUUGGUGUGGCCAUAGGAAGCUUUUGUUGUGCCACCAUUUUAUCUCUUAUUUUGUGCCAUAUUUGUAGAAGGGUCUGGGUACUGGGCAGGAGUUUGUCCCUGGUGUGCUUAGGGCAGUUUCCUUGCCAUAUCAGUGCUCGUAGGUCCCUUUUGGGUGCCCAUUGCGCCUCUAUGGCUACCCAUUGUGGAGCCUUGACAGUGAGGUUUAUUUGUGUAAUGUUAUGGAGGUAUGCUGCUCUAUAGUAAGCCGUUAAGUUCGGGAGGCCCAGCCCCCCCCUGCGGACUGUCUGCUGUAGCGUCCCUGCUGCCACUCUUGCUUUUUUCCCCUCCCAAAUGAAGGCACUGAUGGUGUGCUGCAUAUUUUUGAGGUAUUGCUUUGGUAGGGGUAUCUGUAGUGUACGGAACAGGUAUUGGAUUUUUGGUAUUAGUGACAUUUUGACUGCUGCUAUGCGUCCUGUCCAUGACAGGUAUUUUCCCUUCCAUGCUUGCAUGGAAUCUGUGAACUCUUUGUGCAUGCGUACAUAGUUGUGGUGGAAUAAUUUAUCAGGGUUUUUUGUAAGUUUGAGGCCCAGAAAGGUUAGGUAAUCGUUUCUCCAGUCUAAGGGGAAUGCCUCUCUCAGUCUGGACGUGAGGUUUGUGCCUAGAUGCAUCCCCAAUGCUUGUGUCUUGGUGACAUUCAAUUUGUAAUAUGAUACUUCACCAUAUGAUUCUAUGUGUAGCAUCAAGUUUGGCAGGGAGAUUAGGGGCUGUGUGAGCGUUACUAGGAUGUCAUCUGCAAAUAGAUUGAGCUUGUACUCCCUGUCUCCUAUUGUGAUGCCCUGUAUGGAUGGUUCCGCCCUUAUCGCCGCUGCAAGGGGCUCCAGUGCCAGGAUAUAUAAUAGUGGGGACAGGGGGCACCCCUGCCUGGACCCAUUCGUUAUGUUGAUUUGUUUGGACACAAAUCCUGCAUUGAGUACCCUUGCUGUGGGGUGGGAGUAUAGUGCUUUUACCCCAUUUAUAAAUGAUCUAGGGAACUUGUACUUUUGGAGCACUGCUUCUAGAAAAGGCCAAUUAAGGCGAUCAAAGGCCUUUUCUGCGUCCAAUGAGAGUAAAACACCCUCCGUCCGAUAUCGUCUUAGGCUGUGUAUGAGGUCGAUCACUUUCCUCGUGUUGUCUGAUCCCUGUCUACCUGUGGUAAAGCCCACCUGGUCAUCAUGUAUCAGUGUAGGGAUGAUGUGUUUUAGCCUAUUUGCCUGUAUUUUAGCGUAGAUUUUUGUGUCUGUGUUUAGUAGGGAUAUUGGCCGGAAGUUUUGACUACAUGUGGGUGGUUUGCCUGGUUUUGGAAGUGUUAUAAUGUGAGCUCCUAGCAUGUCUGCCGGGGCUUCUGCCUUUCGGGUGAUGGCAUUAAAGGUGUUUGUUAGGUGUGGUGCUAGAGUGGCAGCAAAUCGUUUAUAGUACGCGUUGGUAAACCCAUCGGGUCCUGGUGCUUUCCCCUUGGGGAGGCUCGCUAUUACCUGUAGCACUUCUUCCUCUGUGAUAGGGGCUUGUAGGCCCUCCCUUUGGUCCUCAGUAAGGCCCGGUAGUGAUAUACCCUCCAGGUAUUGUUCUAUUCGUGUUUGUGACGGUUGGGGGGUGUUUGGGUCCCGACCCAGGUUGUACAGGGUCGUAUAGUAGUCGGCGAACACGUCGCUAAUGUCUUUGGGUGUAACCCUUUUUUCCCCUUUAGAGUUCAGUAUGAAUGGGAUUUUUGUUUGUGCGUUCCUUUGCGACAGUCUCCUCGCUAAGAGUUUGCUGGCUCUAUUUCCCUGGGUGUAGUGGGCUGCCUGUAGCUUCCGCAUUGUGAACCCCAUUUUUACUAGGUCAUGUUUUUUGCCUUCGUCUAUUACUCGUUUAAUUUGUUCUAGGAGCUGUGGGGUUGGUGUGAGUUGGUUCUGUUUGGUUAGAUUGUAGAGGGUAGUCAGCCAUUCUUUUCUUUUUGUUUGGGUUGCCCUUUUUAUUGCACUUGCUUUCCCUAUAAGGAGUCCCCUUACAACUGGUUUGUGGGCCUGCCACAGUGUUUCUGGUGAUAUGUCUGGAGUUGUGUUGGUGUCAAAGUAGUUGGAGAGGUCGUCUUUAACUGUGUCGCUGUAUUGUCGGUCUGUCAGUAGAGAUUCAUUUAGUCUCCACGGGCUUCGAUGCUUGUAGUCAUAUGCGUCGCAUAGCACUAAGGUUAUUGGGGCAUGGUCUGACCACGUUAUGGUACCUAUCGUGCAGGACAUGAUGUGGUUGAGGUGGGCACCUUUUAUAUAGUACCCGUCAAUACGCGAGUAAGUGUUAUGUACCUGAGAGAGGAAGGUGUAGUCCCUCUCCCCAGGGUGUUGCAAUCUCCAUGCAUCGUAGUAAUCGUGUUCUUUGAGCAAGCGUACUAGUGGUUUGCAUUCCCUCUGGAGGGUAGCUGAUCUGGGAGUGUUUAGCUUUACUGUGGUAUCCCAUUUGGGGUCCAGUAUGUGAUUGAAAUCCCCACAUAAUAUAGUAAUGCCCCUCUGGACCGAUUGCACUAGUGUGAUGACUUUAUGUAAGAAAUUCCUCUGGUGUGUGUUGGGUGCAUAUAGGUUGACUAUUGUGUAUUCUAAAUUGUUGAUUUCGCAUAUCAUGAUAAUAUAUCGCCCUUCUUUGUCUAUGGAUAUGUAUAACGGUUUGAAGGACACAUCCUUGCUGAUGAGGAUGGAUACCCCUUUCGUUUUGGAUGUGGAGGUGCUAUGGAAUUGAGCUGUGUAUUGCGCCUGGGCUAGGAUUAUUGAUUUUUUGAGGUGUGUUUCCUGCAGGCACACUAUAUCGGGGCAUUCCCUGCGCAGAUCUCUUAUGAGGCAAUAUCGUUUUACUGGGGUGUUUAACCCUUUUACAUUAUGACAGUGUAUCUUCAUAUUUUAUUGAGUGGUGUUGAAGUAUCUUGCUUUUGACUUGGGGGGUCAGUGUCUGGUGUGCUACUCCUCCCUGGGUCCUAUGGUCUCCAACUCGGAUAUAUGCUACGUGGUCUCCAACCUGUCUGGUGGUGGGGGGAAGGGUGGGGUGGUGAGCAAGGGUGGAUGCAGUCAUGCUAACCUUAUGCAAGACCUUUGGGGUAAACAGUGCAACAUAAAACAAAACAUACAAUAUCACAGUAUUACAAUUGAACAUUUCCCACUGAAGGGUAAGGCACCCAUUAUGUGGUGCCAUUGGGGUGCGUGGUGAACUCUGAUGAGUGAUGUGUGCGGUGUAGCUAGGUGAGCAUGCCAUGCCCGUUACACGCUAUCUUUUUGCCUGCGUGUGUUUUGCGGCUAAAUGGUGAAAGGUGAGAUGGGUAUGAGUUCUAGCGUGUCUGGGGUGUAGCUUCUGGACAGGCCUGUAUUUAGGUCUGGGCUCCUAUCAAGUUGUUGUGAGUGGGUUGUUUUUUUUUUUUCUAUUUAGUGUGCUAGGCACUGACAUGUGCCAGGUUAAUGGUGUGGCUGUGUGAGUUAGAUAUCGAGUGAUAGGGUUUGAGUGUGCGUGUCAUGUGUGUCUGGUAUACUUGCGGCCCAUUGUCCAACUGCUCCCUCUGGAGUCUCUGUUAAGUCCCAUCUCUUGCUUGGAAUCCCUCUGUGGGAUCAUUUUUUGGCCCUCUUCCACUCCGGAGACAGUCUGCGCUGAUCUGCAGCCUUUGCCCCUGCCUGGGUUGGUUGAAUGCCCCAGCUGCGCAGUAGUUUGUGGCCUUCCUCUGGCGUGUUGAUCGUUGUCAGUGUGCCAUUCCUCCUGAUCAGCAGGCGGACCGGGUAUCCCCACCUGUACUGGACGCCAUUGUUGCGCAGGGCCUCUGUGGUCGUUUUGAAUUCUUUCCUUUUCUGUAGUGUAGCCGCUGACAGAUCCGUGAAGAUUUUUAUGUGAGUGAAUUUUUGUGGCAGAUCCCUUUGCCCUCUCGUGGCCUGGAGAAUUGCCUCUUUUACGUGGAAGUAGUGGAGGUGGGUUAGCACGUCCCUUGGUGUGUCUUGCGGCAGGAACGCCGGCUUUUGGACCCUGUGGUACCUGUCCAGGAUCAGCAUCUCCGCUGGUAGCUCGGGGGUCAGUGCUUUGAAAUACUCUAUGAGGAAGGGGUGCAGAUCUUGUUGAGACACCUCCUCCGGUAUGCCUCUAAUUCGCAGAUUUUGUCUUCGUGAGCGGUCUUCCAGAUCCAUGAUUUUCCUUUGGGACUGGUUCAGUAACUGCUGCAGGUUGUGCACUUGGUCUGCCAGCUCGUUAUGAACAGAUGUCUGCUCCUCCACGCGCUGUUCCACCCGUGCGGUCCUGUCCCCCAGCUCCUGCACGUCUUUGCUGAGUUCCCUCAGAGUGCUUUGGAUGGACGCCAGGAUUUUGCUGGACAUAUCCUCCAAGCAUGUCUGCAGAAAGUCUUGCGUGACUGGCAGGUUGUGGGAAGCCCGUGGGCGUCCUUAGCGGCAGUGUGUCGUUCCCGCCGUCGCCAUCUUGGGCCUGGUCCAGCAGGCCUGUAGCUUUCGGCGUCGAGGCUCGGGCCGCGAAGAACUCCGACCUGUCGGUUUUUUCUGCUUGUUUCUUGUGCUUUGGGUGGGACAUCGUUAGGUGAGUCGGGGGUCCCGGUUUUUCCCGCAGGCAGUGCUGUUUUUUGUCGCUUUUAGGGCUAGCUGGGAGCGGAGCUCAAUCCCGUGCGUCCAUCCGCGUUGCCCGCUAAGCCACGCCCGCUCUCACUGUUUAUAAUAAAAUAUGGGUGGGUGUCUUCUCUCAUUAGUCCCAAACCCCCUCUUGAGCAGUGUUCUCUUUGUUGUGUGUUUGUGUGAUCUGCAUGCUUUGUCUUUUCUUUUUGUGCUGGGCUCUAUUUUAGCAGUUUCCGGUAAACCCUGUCAUUUUGGGAUUCUGGUCUGCUCCUCGUUCCGACUUUCAACCAUUUAUAGAGCCAAGUAGUAAUCCUGAUGCUUACGAACUAGAGAGAUGUUCCUUCUCUGUAGUCCUCUAGACUUCCUGAUGGACACUGCCUACGUACCUGUAAUAUUGUAAUAUUGCUGAAAUCCUCGUGACUCAAGUGCUUCUAUCAAAGUGCUGAAUAGGGUUAGAUUUAUUAAUGCUUAUGCAGUACUUUGACAUGGGUCAUUUUUAUUUAUUUAUUACUGGCAUUUAUAAAGCGCCAACAGAUUCCACAGCGCUGUACAAUUGGGAAAUUAUGGGUUAAUUAUUGAUUAACUAUCAGUACUAAACAGAAUCUUUGUUUUUGUUUUUUAACCAAUUAAAGUUUCUUGAAGUCUAACAAAGAAUCCAUCAUUGCUGGUAUAGUACAUAGAUUGUUCUAAUAAAAGAACAUUAAAUUGUUAUGGCAUUAAACCGAUAUAGAAAUGGAUGAGUGUCUUUCAGUGGAACACAAUGAGGGUCACCUGAAUUCCUGGGAAAUGAGCUGUCCUUAUUAUAAGACCGCCUAAAUUCUGGGCUAAGGAAGGGCUGGAUGUUCUCACAGUCCUUAGAUUAGGUUUAAAGGAAUUGCAAUAUGCACAAUUACUGUGAUUAAGAAAGGUAGGGGUAAAGGUGACAUUUAUUCUCUAUGUAUGUAUCCUGCUGGUAAACUUUCAGGAAAUGUAUAUGCUAAGAGAUUGAGUUUGUAGGCCAGAAUUUUGAUAGGCCAUGGGAAUUGUACCCACAAUGCAGCAUUUCUCAGUUAGAAGCGUUGGAGAUAAUUUAGUUUUGUAGAAACUUUUAUCUCUGCCUUUCUUCUUAUUUGACUAGCACAGGAUGGACAGCCGUGAGCAGGCAGUGUGUGAAAUAAUGCAUUCAAACAGGUCUAUUCAAAGUCAAAUUGGAACUUAAGAAAGCAACACUAUGCAAAACAUUCACACUGUUAUUUCUUACAGAAAUCCCAAUCUCCAAUGGGCCUGAUACACCACCUGCCAACGAGGAGAAGGAAGUACCACAGCUUGACGAACAGGGAGAGGGCAGUGAUGAGGAAUGGGAGAAGGUCGGACCUCGCAACAAAUCUUCCGUGACACGGCAGGCCGACUUUGUUCAGACAUUGAUCACUGAUAUCUUUGGAGGACACAUGAGGUAUUAGUAUUGUCAUCUACUCGUACAAUUGGAACCCACUUCAUUCUGUCUCCAGGAUAUCUGUAUUUUAUCUGAAAUCACAAUUGCAUGGAAAUUACUUUUGAUAAGAUUAUGUGGAACUGUCUCUUCCUAGGUUUUUACACAACCUAGUAGCUGUGUAAUUCGUAUCCCAUUCCCUAUUUCCAUUUCUGUCACUUCUUUGUUUAUUUUAUUAUUUACGUAGCGCUGUACAAUGGGUGGACUAACAGACACAUAAUUGUAACCAGACAAAUGGACGCACAGGAACAGAGGGGUUGAGGGCCCUGCUCAAUGCAUGUUGUGGGGGUUAUUCAUCAUAAUCUCAAAUGAUCUCCUUUCUUAUUCCAUUCUUUUCAUUAAGUAUAAGACUGUGCUUCGUGUCUCUAUGCUUCUCAUCACAUCUUGUCUCCAAGUCUCUCCUUUUUAUUUCAUGUCACCUUCCUUCCAAUCUGUCUGUAUCCGCUUUCUAUAAAUGUCUUCCCAAGUUUCCCAGUGAUGGCUUGUGUAGAAAGCGAGAGUAUUUGUGCCUUUGUCAGCACUGCCCUGUAACUGAUCACUUGCAGUACUGCAGCAUGCAAAUGUACGGUGGUCUGUUUAGAGAAUACUAGCCCAAUAACCAAUGCAAUAGGCACAAUGCUAGAAUGCCCCUUUAAACUGAGCCUUACAUCUCCAGAUAAUUAUCACUGCUGAAACCUAAAUACCAGAUUCUUAUAAAGAUUGACUGGCUAAGCAUCAUGAUAUUACAAACACCUGCUCAUUGGCUAAGGAUCAUAGCGUAUGCAGUCCAAAGCAGUGACAGUGUCAAUUUUGCCUACACUGUCUUCUUAAAAAUGUGCAGAUGUAGUAUUUUCUUUGCAUGAUAUGGCAUAGAAAUGUAUAUGUUGCCGUUUUGUUAUAUAUGUCUGUUAGUUAAAAUGUACUCUUUAAAGCACGGUUUGUUUUGAGUUCUGCAUUUUCCCAGACAGCAGAGGAGCCCACAAGAGACUUUGUAACGUGUAGUCUGAGUAAGUGGGUGGGGUGUUUGCUUUAAUUGAAAACCCUUUCCCAACACCACAACUGCAAAUGGUCAGUGCCAUGUGGCUCACUCCCCCAGCCAUUAAUACUCCCACUCUUCCAGCAAUGCCAAAAGCCAUUGACCGGCGCUCUCUCUCCAUGGAAGGUUGGUUUUCAUGCUGGCAGGUUUGACCAGUUCUUUAUCUAACAAAGACAUUUACCCAAACUGCUUAUAGCAAAUGGCAUUUUCAACAUCACUUUUUGUUUUUUUUUCUUUCUAUCUGUAAUGGCUAGUGCUCCCCAUAUGAAGCCAGAUCCAUUUCCAUUCUGUAUUGUAGGUGCUUUCUUCUGCUUCUGUCAAAAACCUUGAAGGGAGACUAAACUGCUAGGAAUACAAAGUUGAGGACAUCCAGCAUCAGGAGACCAACAGUCACCUAGCAAACAGGAAGUGCCUCUAGUGGCUGUUUGACAGCCACUAGAGGCAGUCUUAGCCCUGCAAUGUAAUUAUUGCAGUUUAUCAGAAACUGCAAUAAUUACCAUUGCAGGUUUAAGGUGACACACAUUGCACCCAGACCAUUAAAAUGAGAUCAAGUGGUCUGGGUGCCUAUAGUGUUCCUUUUAAAGCGUAGCUUUCACUGUCUGGGGUAUUUAAACAAUUAGCAAAGACUCCCAACCGUGCCAUUUACCAGGAGCCCACAUCAGCGCGAGAGUACAGUCUUUGGAGUAUCCCGCAAGACUGUCCAUGGAAAAAAAACCUUCUCUCACCACUACAAAUGACAAGCUUGACAAAAGUAAAUCCACAUUUUGUCAAGUGGAGGAAACACAGAGACAGUAGUUUCUACUUUUAUCUUUAUGAAGUACUCAUUUUGGAUUGGGAAGUUUUGACAGAGCUGCUUUAAUGUUAUCGCUUUCAGUAUUGCAUGUCAAGGACAGCAAUGUGUACCCUAAAAGCACCCAGUGGAUAAGUUUCUGGUGUUUUACUCCUGUGGAAAAUAAAUAUGAAUGUUCAGAUUAAAGGACCAUUGGUCUGAGUGCCAGGUCCCCCUAGUUUUUAACCCUGCAGCUGAAAACCUAGCAGUUUACAUUGCAGGGUUAAUCCAGCCUCUAAUGGCUGUCUGACAGCCACUAGAGGCGAUUCUCAGUGAGAGAAUCGCAUUGAACCCACGAUCACGUUCCGAUCCCCAUUGGAAAGCAUUUAAUAAUUCUUUCCUAUGGGUGGUUUGAAUGCAGGCACGUCUCUGGCCACGCAUGCGCAUUCGGCUCCACUCGAGGAGCUGACGUCGGCAGGGGGAGGAAAGGUCACCAGCGCCGAGGGAGCCCAGCACUGGAUUAAGGUAAGUGGCUGAAGGGGGGACCUAAUAACCCUAUAGUGCCAGGAAAACAUGUUUGUUUUCCUGGCACUAUAGUGUUCCUUUAAGUAAUAGCUCAUGUAAUCUUACUUUAUAAGCAUUAUACAAAGACCCUUUAACAUUGAUGGUCAAUAACCAAUCUCCUAUUAAGAGGUUAAUAUUUCUCGUAGUAUAAUCCUGUCAACUGUGGAACUGUUACUGUAUCAUUUCUGACAUAAAGAAUACUAAUUAAAAAUGCAUGCAUCUGUGCACAUUUCUUGGAAUGAUCUGUGUUUAGAAGUGAGUCUGACCCUGUUUUCAGACAGAAACAUUGAGAAUUAUUUGUGCCUGUCUCUGGACUCUGCGGUACACAGCUGAUCUAUUGUGUAUCAGUUAGGAUUCAAUAAGGAAGCUGUUUGCUGCCUCCAUGAGUUUCUGUUUCUAGAAGAAACUGUUAUCUUCCGUUUUGUCAGGUUGUCCCUUUAAGAGCUUCUCGGAGAUGGAAAUUCUAAUUUUAAAAAAAAAAAAGCACCUUCCUGGAUGAAUCACUGGGUCUGGAAAGCAGGGAUGUUGGUCAGUUAUAUCGAAUAAACCACAGAACAUAUUUCCACGUAUGUGGGAGCUUAAUGAAGAGCCAAAUGUUUGACACCAAGGAAUCCUGUUGGUUAUCUGGUGCAAUUUAUGGUAUUUCAUCUCUUCCUGUCACUAAAUCAUCUCUGGGCACAGAUUAUUUUUUUUUUUUUUUAUUGGCAUAUAUGUAACAGUCCUUAAAGAAUAUGAAAAUUGACUGCGUAGAUUGUUUAUACAGCAUCCAAGUGCCCCCUUUGGCAUUGAUACAGUUUACAUCCAGUAGUUGUGUCAGGACAAAACAUGUCUGUGUGAAUGUCCUGGAAGUGUACAUAAAUAAGUGUUUAGUUAAUGGACUUGAGUAUAUUUUAACCCUUUCCUUCUGUCUACCUUGCAGGUCCGUUGUGUAUCAGCAAAGCUCAAAGGAAUCUGCUACACUGCAGCCAUUUUUCACUCUCCAACUGGAUAUUCAGUCUGAAAAGAUUCGCACGGUCCAAGAAGCAUUGGAAAGCCUGGUGGCGAGAGAAUCUGUCCAGGGUUACACCACCAAAACCAAACAAGAGGUGUGUUUCUUUCUUCUCAAACUGUUCAAAUAGAUCAUUCUUUGAAGGAGUCAUCGGCAGCCAAGGUGGCAGGUCUGUGCUGACCGGUUCAGCUCCUGGGGACCCGGUUAUAUGUGGUUGGACAGUAGACAUGCAGGAUGUAGAAGGGAAUAGAAGCAAACUGUGUACUUACAGUAGUAUGAAAGGAAAGGCUGUAUGGCAUGCGGGCAUGGCAUUUGUGGGUUUUAAAACAAAAAUGCAAUUCGUUUUCCAUUGCCAUAGCUGGAGGCAGUAAUUGAUGGAAAGUUGAGCAGAUAGACUACCCAGCUGAUAUCAUGGAAAGAUUGCAGCACAAAAUGUCAGCUUGCAAGGUAGCAAACACGCUGCAGCUGUACUAAUAAAAUAGACUGACUAGUCCCCUGGAGUAACGUAAAUUGGGACUGUGUGAGCUGCUAGUGACAUGGUGGGCUAACACACACGUCAAAGGCAGACGAAAAGAUUUGAGAUUCCUUGGUUAUGUAGGACUUAUGGGUACAGAUAAUGUUAACGGAGUAAUAAAACAAAAUACACCCAGCAACCACCCAACAUAUAAACAAAGAUUGUGGCACAAUGAUUAUAGUAUAUUGAAAGACUCCAGCAGGGGGCAGCGCAAUUUAGUUGGGGAAAAUUUUGAGGUUUUACAUUGGAUAAACAUAGACGUAAAUGGUGGUUAAAAUCCCUAUGUUAUCUAUCCAGGUUUUAACAUUUUCCUUGCCUGAUGCGGAACUCUAAUGUAUUGCCUAUCCUUGUGGCUUUCCUGAGUUGUCAUUUAGAUGUAUUGGAUCUUUGCUUAGUUUAAAAUGAAGUACUUGUGUAUGCCUGGCGAUUAAUAAUGAAAAUGAUGUGGGGUUUGCAUUUCAUAUUCUUCUGUAUUUAGAAAAUAUCUACUUGAGACACUGCAGUCCUUUCUUAGUAAUAAGGCAACUUGUUACCUUGGAGUAAUGGGGGAAAUCUGACACCGACCCAUUAUCUCAGCUAUGCUUAGCUUUUCAAUUCAUUUUAAUGAAAUUGUAGUGACUUCUUUAUUUACAAAGCCCCAAUAAAUUCCGCAGUCCUAUACAUUGCGAAACAUAUAGACAAAUUUUUCAGUCAAUUGCGACAGCUGUGGGGAAAAGGCAUUGUCUCGAUCGUUGUGAGACUAUAUCUAUGGCGAUUCCUACAGUGAGACCUGCCUGUUUAAAGUUGCUCUUGUACCAUAGUUUUUUUAGUUUUUUUUUCUACACAUGUAUACGUGUGCUAAGAUUUCUGCUUGUGCUAUGUAUAAAUAAUUUUUAUUUAAAAGGAAACAGUAGUCAUGAAACAACUUUAGUUUAAGCAGUUUUGGUGUAUAUAUCAUGUCCCGGCAGUCUCACUUUUCAAUUUUCUGCCAUUUAUUAGUUAAUUCACUUUGUUUAUGCAGCCCUAGCCACACCUCCUUGCAUGUGACUUGCACAGUCUUCCUAAAAAUGUCCUGUAAAGAGUCUGCUAAUGUGUAUACUUCCUUUAUAACAAAAUCUGUUCAAUUUUAAAUUACAUUUUAUUUUCUACUGCUCUGUUAAUAGCUUGUUAGACCCUGCAAGAGCCUCCUGUUGAAUUUUAAAAGCAAGAGAUGAGAAACUUUUAAUUAAGCUGCAUCAGAUAGAAAAUGAAACUAUUUUGUUUUCAUGUAGGCUUUAUCAAUCUGUCAGGGGAUGUGUUGCUUAGGUUGCAUAACUGGAAGGGGGGUAGUAAUUUUACUCCUAUAUGGCAGAGAAUUCAGCGGCAUGAUAUAUACACAAACUGCUUCAUUAAGCUAAAGUUCUGUGGCAUAUAAACUUUUUAUUAUUGAGUAGUCGUAAGUAUUAGAGUAAUAUUGCUCCAAAUUCUGUAGGAAUAAAAAAAAAUAUAACCAAGAACCCUUAACUGGUCCAGUGCUCUAUGAGAUUUCUAACACACUUUAUUUUUGAUGGUGUUAAUUUUUUUUUGUUUUAGUUUUCUUUUUGCUGUGUAACCCAUAUGGCCUUCUCUCUAUUAAACUUAAACCUGCGAUAGUCCCCCCCUGCUGUUUACACAGCCUGUUACGUGGGAGUGACAUUCAGUCUAAGUUGCUUGUGAUUUUUGCAUGUAAGGUUGGGUUGCUAAGCUGUCAUUUUGGGUAUUCACAGAAAGACCACUGUUCAAUUAAGGGUUUAUAAGAAAUGGGUGUGCAGUUUAUGUACCGGUGUCGCUGUCUGGUUUAUAUUUUUAUGUCUGGGCUGGAAAUAAAAUGCUUGCAUGAUAAUUAGCUUGAGACACGGCCUUCAGACAGAAAGAAGCCUCACAGGAUUUUAUUUUAUGACAUUUAGACAAGUGGUCACUUUCAAAGUGAAUUAUUGGUUAAUGUCUUUGCCAUCCAAAGCAGUGAUUUCAUGAAACAUCUUUUGCGUACAGACCUUUUGUUCGGUUACAAACUUUUCAGUAUUCGAAGAUAUAGCCAGAUACUUUCGUGGCCAGAAAAAUAUCACCAAAGGUCACCAGCCAGGAAAAAUAAAGGUUCACUUUUUUGGUUAGUGUCAUAAGGUUUUUCUUAAUUAUUAGCUUUCGUAAAAUUCACGAUCUCAACAAUUUUAAUUUUUCAGUUUAGUAUCCUUUUGCUGAUCAUAUCCAAACAUGUAUGAGAAGGGUUUAAGAAAAGGGCAUUCUUUGCCGACAUUUACCAGAUCCUGUACCAGGCUGUUCAUGGAGUAUGGUACAGGCCUUAUUUUCUGAGUUUUAAUGGCAUAGAUCAGGGUUUGGUUACAUUGGGCACUCUAGAUCUCCCUGGAUGUAAUGACAUUCUGGCUGUAAGAGCAUUAAGGGGAUGUAGUUGCUAAAGUUUGCCUAUCCCUGGAUUAGAUCAUUAAUUAUUGAGAUUUCUGUUGCAUUUUUUUUUUUUUUUUUCCUAAAUAAACUUUUAAAGAGAUCUUGGUGUGGUUGACAAAGUCUGCUCCAUGUAUAUUAUAAAAAGUACAUCGGCCACAAUGUUGAGAUUUAGUAUACUGUAUAACUGAAUGCUCUGUGCAAGUCUGUUAUCAGUGGAGAGUUGAGCAUCCUGCCCGCAGUGUGCUGUAGCUUGUUUGUUCUCCCCAAUCGCGUUAUGCCUUGGGUUUAUAACUCUGUGCCUUUGACCUUAUGAAUUGUGACAGGCCCAUGUUUGUUUAUUAUGGAUGUGUCUUUUCAAAGAAGGGAAUGUGCAUUUUUUUUGUCUUUUAAAUAUUCAAUCAUUUCUUUAACUGAGUAGUUACGGAGUCACCCAUUUAGAAAUCUUUAUUUAACAGAACACCUGAUAGAUUUUUCUUCUCUGAAAAACUUGUUAUACCUGAUCCACUUUAUUGGCUGACAUUCUCAAAUUGAUGAUCUCAGCCAUUCAAAAUGCUUUCCAAUACGAAAGCAUUGGAUUGGAUGAGAUCAUCAACUCUGCUCUCCACCAAGGAGCUUGGUCAGGGGUGGAGGCAGAAGUAGCUGUUAAUGCAUCUCUAUGGGAAAUGUUCAGCGUCUCCAUGCAGAGCGUGGAAAUGCUGAAUGUCAGUGCUAAACUAAAAUUGCUGCUCUAGUAGAAAAAAAAUUAUCAUGGCUUUAUUUGAUUUUGUGGUCUGGAUUUAAUAUUGGGAUAGACACCGUAUACUAGUUUGGCCCCAAGCAAGCAGUUUUUUUUUUUUAAUUGUACUGACUUUCCUUUGACAUUGUGAAGAAUUUAGUGAAGGUGAUCUGCACAGUGUGAAGAAUAGGUCAAUGAGCUAAUGCCACAUGUUGGGGUGACUGGAAUUGCUGCUGCAGGAAAGAUGUGUGAAAAGACCACAAUUACUUUCACAACAAGAAUUUUACUUGAUUGCGAGUGAUAGACAGCCAAUGUAUUUUCAGCUCGGGAACCACUUGAACCUUACCAGUACAUGUUAAGAUUUUCAGAACAUUCAGUUCUUGGAAUAAAAGUUCGAAAAACAAGACAUUUACCAAAUUUUGGUCCCCCCCCACCCCCAUAUCCUUUGAGUAAAUGGUUUUAAUGUCAACAUUCAAUAGUACGCAAUGUGGUAGUAAAUGUCUUCUGUAUCUUAAAACUUAAUUAGUUCUAUAUUCUGCUAGCUGCAAAUUAGCUUUUUUUUUGCCACAUUGCAGCAGGACAAGAGGCACCUAGUUGUUUCUUGCAGAAUGCAGUAAUAGCAUGCAAUGGAAGGCAGCUGAUAUUAAGCCCUUCCAACACUGUGUGGACACAUGCCAGCUUUCUCAUGCCUUGCAUUUACCUCCCUCUUGUUCCAGUAACCUAGUACUGGUUUCACCCCGGAUUCCAUUCUGUCCUUCAGUUUCUCUGUGUGCUACUGUAAAUGGCGCCCCUCCAUAUAGACAACAACUAUCUUUUGUAAGUCAAAUAUCAUGGCUUCAUUCUUGCAACCAGGAAGGAGGGAGAAUUCUUGGCUACAGGUAUUCUCUCUAUAUUGUCCAGAAACAUUAUAGUUGUACAGCAUAAUUGGCACACAGACAGAUAUAUUUUUACAUACAGAUGGCAUUGUAGGAAGCUGUUCUCCUAGGGAAUUGAGGCACCUUGCAAAUAACCAUAAGCACUAUAUUUGACCUUUUUACUUAUUUUCCCAUAGCUACUGUAUAUAACAUAAGUGGCAUUUUUUUGCUUCUCUAAUAUUUUCAAAUUCAGGGUAAUUUUAAAAGGUAAGAUACCAUAUAAUCUCUGAAAUGUUUUAUACCCAUCUACAAUAUUUGUUUAAAAAGAAUGAAGUUGUGCAAAUUUACAUAAUUGUUAGUGUCCCAAGUGUAUGAGUUGCAUUAAAGUGACAGUGUACAGAUUAGCUCAGGUUAAAGGAACACUAUAGUCACCUAAAUUACUUUAGCUAAAUAAAGCAGUUUUAGUGUAUAGAUCAUGCCCCUGCAAUGUCACUGCUCAAUUCACUUUCAUUUAGGAGUUAAAUCACUUUGUUACUGUUUAUGCAGCCUUAGCCACACCUCCUCUGGCUAUGAUUGACAGAGCCUGCAUAAAAAAAAAAACUGGUUUCACUUUCAAACAGAUGUAAUUUACCUUAAAUAAUUGUAUCUCAAUCUCUAAAUUGAACUUUAAUCACAUACAGGAGGCUCUUGCAGGGUCUAGCAAGCUAUUAACAUAGCAGGGGAUAAGAAAAUCUUAAUUAAACAGAACUUGCAAUAAAGAAAGCCUAAAUAGGGCUCUCUUUACAGGAAGUGUUUAUGGAAGGCUGUGCAAGUCACAUGCAGGGAGGUGUGACUAGGGUUCAUAAACAAAGGGAUUUAACUCCUAAAUGGCAGAGGAUUGAGCAGUGAGGCUGCAGGGGCAUGUUCUAUACACCAAAACUGCUUCAUUAAGCUAAAGUUGUUCAGGUGAAUAUAGUGUCCCUUAAAAGAUUUAACUGCUUGUCUGCUCAGUGUUGACAGCACGUGGUUAGAAGGUACAAUGCUUUCUAAGAUGUAGGUGAUACAUACUCCAAGAAUUCUGCUCCGUAAACACUUUCUAAAGGAUAGUUAGAAGGGUUAAAAACUCAUGCAGUUGGAAUGUCAGCAAGAGAACAUUUUUCCCACAUUCUGAAUAUCUCUUGUAAAAACAAACGGCUUUCAUGGCAAGCUUGGGUUCAUUAGCAGUGUCAUAUUUUAAUUCUUAGUAGCUCAUGUAUUCAAAAAUCAGAUAAAGUUGGAGCUGGCAGUACUAAGGGGAUGUUGAUACUACAGAAAAGCAGGAAUCUUGUAUUAAAGAAAUAGAUAUUUAAAGUGACAGCACACACUUGUUAUAUAUUACCUGGGUUCACAGUCCUGUACAAAGCCAUGGACAAAAUCAUUGGUAUGGAAUAGGGAACAUGGAAAAACUAAAUUAUUGAAUACAGGCUGAAUAUUUCCACACCCUCUUUGUCUUAAACUACCUCCUUCGUUUUUUCCCCUCAUUCUUUCCCUAGAUACCCCCUUCAUGUACAGGGUUUUAUUAUCUGAUGAGUAGUCGGUGGUUAGACUUGCACAUAGCUUUGCUGCCCACUCUGUCCCAUCCAAGCUUGUACUGUUUGCGGAGUGAUGGGGAACACCUUGCUGACCCAUGUGUAGGAAAGAAGACGACCUUACUGGCAGUGUGUAUGACAUCACAUGUUCCUGGGUGUCAGUAUUCUUUGAUAUCUGUGUGGUUGGUAAAAGCAGCACACGUAUACAGUGUAACUAUAAGGCCAUAUAUUGAUUCCCAUAAUUCUAGGUGUAUAGAAAACCACCCCCAGAAUAGGGUGAGUGGGUGACUGGCUGGCCUGUUGUGCUUGCAGGAUGUGUUGGCAUAGCGGCCCAUAGGCUGUUUUUACAAUGUUUCACAUAGGGCUAGUUACUAAACUGUGAAUUGUAAACAAAAUAACUGAGCUGGAAACCUAUUUUACUUGAAUGUUUCAAUUUGAUGCUUUUGUUUAAAAUGUUCUAACCAUUCACAUUUUAGUGAAUAAAAAUAGGAUCCGCAUCUGCCAUUAGGAUAAAGAGCUUCACACCUGCUUUUUACUAAUUAGUCGAAGAUUGUGGUCUCCAUUGAACCAGUAAAGCCGUGCGGGUCUGGAUAAAGAAUAGAGCAGAUUUUACCCCGUGCUACUUGUGGUGGAACAUCCUGACCCAUCGUAUCAACUCCUAUUAUUGUAACAGGAUCCAUGCAACCACUUGGAUCUAUUACAUGUUUCUGGACCCAGGCCUACAAAUUCCUAGCGUCUGCGGCUUUGCUCUAGUGUCUGCCUUCCUCAGCCCACUGCUGCUGAGUAUAUGGGGUCUGAGGAAGCUGUGCAACAAACCUGUUCUUCUAGGGACUCCAAACUUUCCUGAAACAUAAACGAUACAUUCUUUGAAUAAAUUCAUCCAGUUUUAGUAGACUCUUGCAAGUAAAUCUUAUCUUGUAUCUUCAAUAUCUAUAUGUUCUGGUGGUCAUAGCUCAGGCUAAGAAUGUAAUACUCUGUACUUCCUCACAGUAUACACAGUCCUCGGUUUGGAUACACGUUUUCUAAGAUAGUUUUGUCAUUUUAUAUAUUAAGAAAAAAAUAAAAAUGUAGGAGUCCAUCAUAAACCUGCCAUCCAAGCUGAUUCUUGCACAUGUAAAGCUAUAUAAAUAUAGUUAUACAGUAUAUAUUAAUCUGGCUAAGCAGCAAUGUUGGGUCAGACUCCACUGUUAUCUGCUCAACCUAACUUGCCAGCUGCUGUGAUUAAUCUGUGUGAAACUGCUGCAACAGGCAAGUUAGGUUGUACAGCAGUUAUUCAGAUAGCCGUAGAGUCUGACUCAGCGUGACUGCUCAGACAGAUUAAAAAUAAAUUAAAUAAAAAGGUUUUGGUUUUAAACAAAAAGCAAAGCACUACAUUAAAUGUAAUAAACUUUUUGACCAUGUUCCUUUAAGAGAGAAAUUAUUUUUGUUAAUACUUUGUUUAAUCAACGGUUGAAAAGGAGAAUCACCUCUGCAAGUUAUAUCACAAACACACCACAUCCCAUAAUGCACAGCAUGGCACUGGGAUAGAUAUAAUAUUUAUAUGGUUUUAUAUAUGUGAAAGUAAACCACCAACAGUCAGCUUGGAUUGUAUGUUUAUGAUGGCUUUCUAAAUUUAUUUAUUCUAAUACCAUAAUCAGCCAAAUAAAGUGAUCUUUUCUAUAAAAAAAAAAAAUAAUUCUGAUUCACUAUAUGUAGUAAAUGUUUAAAACUUUUAAUUUGAGGACAGUUGUCCUUUAAUCGUGUGUAUGUAUAUAUGUGUAUACAGAAUAGAUAUAUAAUUCAAUAUAAUUAUUUAAGUUUAAAUAUAUUAUCUUGUGACACAUUCUGGUGGUAUAGAAAAUAGAAGUGCCUGCUUUAUUCACCCACUAGUACAUAAGUCAUUGCUAGUUUAAGACCUUUCAGUAAACAUUCAUGGGUGCACAUUGCAAAUUAAUGCUGUGUACAAGUUAACCAGAGAAGAAAUAUGUAGGAGGUGUUAUAUUAAAUAAACGUUUCUAAAGGGUCACUCUGUAAGUGCUCAGUUGCAGAGAAAAAAAUUUGAUUUGAGUAUUUUUAAAGCUAAAUCCAAAGUAAAAAAGUGAAACAUUGACGGCUGUCCUUUGUCUGCGUAAUAACUGUAUGUGGCCCAGAUGCAGUAUAAUUACUGAUGGUGCUAGGUAGGCAGUAAACUAGUAAAACGACUGCAAUGGUGCCACGUCACAGCUGGAAGCUUAUAUGUUGGACAUUGCCAUACUCGGCUGACUGCACCAAUUAAUUGAUGGGAAUAUUUUAAGCAUUUCAUAAAGAUAAAAUCUAACAAAGACUGACAGAAAGGUGGAGAUAAAGCUGUCAAGCCCCCAGCAGCACUAGUUACAGCUGAGGGGGUGACCUGUUUAGGGAGGCUCCAUAUAGAUCAGUGUUGUACUCUCCUGUAUGAGCAAUUGUACUGCAAGGACGUCGGCUCCUGGAAGAUGAAGCAGCAGGUGCGAGAAGAAGUUGUCGAUAGCCACGAGGAACGGCUUCAGGUAAGUAAAACUCACCUUUACAUGCACCCAGCAGCCACCACACUGCAAAGAUCUCCAAAAGUGUAUCGCUUGCAAAGUAUGCAAACACCCCAGCAGGGGAGAAAGAUGCUUUAAACGGUGAAUGGUUGAGAUGGAUAAAAGAUUUAAGAGUAAAAUGUGCAAUUGCAGAAUAUUGUCCAAUGUGACUAUUUAACACUGCAUGUUCCUACAGGUGGAGAUAAGCCGGAGAGUUACUUUGGAAGAACUCCCACCAGUCCUAGUGUUGCACCUCAAACGUUUUGUAUUUGAAAAGACCGGUGGCUGCCAGAAACUUGUCAAAAACAUUGAAUAUCCUGUGGACCUGGAAAUUAGCAAAGGUAAGAGACAAAACCAGCAUGGCGUUUAUGGUGGUCGUCAUUUCUUUGUGUUUUUUUUUAGAGUAAAUGUAUGCUCUGUGUCUGUUUUCUAAUAUCCAGAGCACUGCAUGUUUUGCUCAGGGUCUCACAAGUUUUUCCUGUAAAAUCGACCAGAAUCAGGUUGUGUGGGAUUAUCGUUCCAAUAGAGGCAAGUCCCAAAAUGAAAUGUGUACAAUAAAAACUAUUUUUUAAAUUUUUAUUUUAAAAUACCUCAUAUAAAAUGCAUCUGACAGGUUGCUCAUCCAGUAUUUCUCCCCCCCCCCCAGAAGUCUGUGCCUCUUUGUUAUGCAUUUUGUGUGAAUAUUUAUUUGUAGUUAAAAUAAUUUUUUUUUAAAAUUAAGCAUUUAAUAAAAUAAAGAAUGCACUUAUGCGGAAUCCAGCAUCACAACAUCCCUGGUGAUGUCCAUUCAAAUCCUUUUGGUCCCAUCUCAGACCGGAUGUGCGCACUUUUAGCCAGACAGGGAGUGGAUAAAUAAACACUGAAAACAGAGCAAUAACAAACUGAUGGAGGCCGGACACAUAAAAGCUAUCCCUUGCUGACCGUACCUGCAAGGGUAGAACUCUCUGCAUCUGUCCCCUGUGUGCUCUGACCACAGAACUCUCCCCUCCUUCCACGCACAGAAUUUACAUUAGGCAGCCGGAAAUAUAGAGAUUUGGCCUGCCUAAGUCACAUGUGCCAAAGGUGAAACUAGCCCCCAGCACAAAAGUUCAAAUAUCUUCAUUUUGGGGAGGAAUAUUGCUUGCUUCAUAGACUUCUACCACCAUGACUACUUGUAAAUGCAGACGUCAUGAUGGUUGGAGCAAUACUUUAAGUAAAUUUUGUGUCCAAUGUCGUUGCACAAUAGAAUAUUGCCAUUUAAUGUAAUGUGUGUAGUGCAUAUAUGAAUUGGCUACUUGGUUGCAAUGUCAGAUGACAGAAGGGAUCAUGUAAAUUGCAUAGGAAUGUGAAAGGGUUCAGAUGGUUUACUAUAUGGAUUGAUCAUUUGAUUAAUCAAAGGCUCUGCAAGAUGUGAGAAGUCACACAUAAGUGGCUUGGAAGUCCAAUUUAAAUAUAAACUAACACUCUAAUUUUCCAUAUGUCUAGAUUCCCUCUUAGAUAGGGGGUGCUUUGAUAUGUUAAUGCCAUUAGCCUUGUGUUCCAGUAUCCUAUCCAAAAGACACAUUAAUACUUACCCACAGAUUAAUAAUUAAGCCUCAUUUUUAUUAUAUCUAGAAUGGGACAAGCACAAUCUUUUAAUCAAGCACAAACAUGAUAUGCGUAACUUAACCAUAGGGGAAGGGAUUGUUAUCUCCGGUGUAUUGGGUCACAAGUAAGGAGUAGGGAUAUCUAUGGAGCGGAAAAAUGUUAAAUUCAUAGAGGCCAUUAUUAUUUAUGUGGGAAGUACAUAAGAGGAGAGAGGACCAAAUAUUUCCAUUUGGAUUGAUGUUGGUCUGGAACACAAGGGGGUGGUCACUUAUAGUUUACUAUAGGUACGCCUUAUCUCCACCACUGGGCAGGGCUUGGGAAUCCACAGGGUAUAUAUCUAAUGAUAAUGAAGUGUGUAUUGGACUUGCUUGGGGGCCAGAAUCUAAUUCUGAGUGAGUCACCAUCUACCUUACCAGAGACCCCCUGGGCAGAAGUUUUACUUUGAAAACCUUAGUAAGUGAUUAGGACUCCUGUUAUUUUAUCCUUUUUGGUUUUUAUCUGUUUUUGGUGUAACUAAUUUGAUUGUCAUCUAUAUUUUUGUAUGCACAGUGACUACUUUUUGCUCAUAAUAAAUAUUCCUUUAUUAAGUUCUGCCUUUGUCUGGUAAAGAAUCACGUUGCCUGAAGAGACUAGUGUGUUGCAAUUGCUUAGAUAGUGUUAAUAAGUUGUAUUUGGUGGGAUUUUAUUACUAAGUUACCUGGGGGACCAAGGCACCCCAUUUAUAAAUUGUCUUGGUGGUGGCAGCGUUAAAAUAGUAAUAUUUGUGGGUGGUGGUAAGUGGGAUUUUAGCAUUAUUUCCGGUCUAGUGCAGACAAAUAGUGAACUUUAACUCUUUCACCACCACAACUACAUCACGCACACUCUUGCUGUAGGGUGUGCUUGUGACAUCCAGUGUUCUAUUCCUAUUAAUUAGGGACAGUGGCUGGUGAACCAUGAGCUGUCACGAUGCUCAAAACCCACAUAAUCUUGAUAGUCUAAAAAGGCUCCUAACAACCACAAUGUUUGCUUAUAUGUAGAUGUGUGAAUGUACUUCUCUGACAAGAAAUGCAAUAUUUAAAUAUGUCUGUUUUUAUAUAAAUGUUAUGUGUGUGGUGUUAGGGCUUUAUGUAACCAUGACGUCAGACCAACUAACUAUGUAACACAUAAGGCACGCAUUCAAUCAAUGUUUAAUUGGGGUGUGAUUUUUAUUUUUUAUAUAUACUUGUAUUUCCUGUAUUAAUGUACAUAUUUUAUAUAGAUGUGUGUGGCCAUUAAAGUUGAUCGGCUUUAGUAGCGGCAUAGACUGAAAAUAUACAAACUCACUACUUGAAGCUCUCCAUUUUACAUAUAGCUGGCAAGUCUGUUAUCCCUGCUUUGGAAAAAUACAAUAAAUGUAUAUCUACAUUGCAAAGCAGCCGUUCUAUUGGUUGAAAGAGAUGGAUCAUAAUCUGUUGCAAUGAAUUUUCUUUAGCAGCGAUGUGUUUGUCUGUUACAUGUAAGCUCUAUUGAGAGUUCCAUUUUAGCACAUGUUAUGUUUCAGUUGAGUGACUGAGCCAAUUAUGUAUUUUAGGAAAAUUGUAACCUAGCUAAUGUCAUGAGCACAAUGUGGGUGCUGUAGACAAAUUACACACACACUUUUUAAAACUAGUGCUGUAAAGUUUUUGUAACCGUUUUAUUUUAUUUCUUUCUAGAUCUGCUUUCUCCUGGGGUGAGAAGCAAGAUUUUUAAAGGCCAAAGAACCUACAGGCUCUUUGCAGGUAAAUAAUCUCAAAUUUGAAAUCGUUGUUGCCUAAUUUUAAUUUAAAAUGGUUUGUAUUGCUCACUUUUCUAGACACUGACGUUCUUAGAAGUUUAUUGGCAUGUUUUUUCACUGCUGCAAUAAUCCCUGUAUUUAGAAGAUACAUGUUAUGAGUGGAAAACCAGAUUUAAAUUCAAAUUGUUUCUCUGAAGAUAAUGGGUGAAAAAUGCAAAUUUAUAAAACACAUUUCUUGUAAACUGUUAGCUGCUUGUUCUAUUGGGAGACUGCUGCAUCUAAUGAACAAUAUAACCGUCAUAGUCAUUGAAUCUAGUUCUGCAGGGAAAAAUAAUCUUAAAACAGUGCAAUUACCUUCGAGACGGGCGACCAAAAAUUCUAGCUCUCUUAUAGUGAUAUAACUGGCAAAGCCUCAUGGGUAUAGUAGUUCUCCCAACAGCUGGGGUAUAUGGGUGUAUUGUAUUUUUUCUAAAUACCUAUUCUGUAUAGAUCCACCUAUAGCAAAUUUGUUUGUUCCUCAAAAACAUUGAUGAAACCUCAUAUACAUGUGAAGAAAAAUGGAGGUCACUGCAAAUAGUCAAAUUUGAUUAAAAGCACACUAUAGUCAUUAGAACUAUAGCUUAUUGUAUUUGUUCUGGUGAGUAUAAUCAGUCCCUUCAGGCUUUUUGCAGUGAACACUGUCUAUUCCGAGAAAAUGCAAUGUUUACAUUACAGCCUAGGGACACCUCCACUGGCCACUCCACAGAUGGCUGCUAGAGGUGCUUCCUGGAUCAUUGCUGCACAGUGUGACUGACAUUCAGUGGCUUCAUCCUCUGCAUGGAGAAAUUGAACUUUCCUCAUAGAGAUGCUGAUUUGCCAGGGCUGUAUUUGGCUUGUGCUGGAUCUGCCUCCUUGACAGUCUCAGCCAAUCCUAUGGGAAAGCAUUUUGAGUGGCUUAGAGAAUCACUUCUGAUGUCAGCCAAGCAGGCACAUCUGGGCAGAGACAGCAGUUGCAGACUUGAAUAAAAGUAGGGUUUUUCUAUAUGGGGGAGGAAUGCAAGAUGGUGGUUUUAACUCUACAGGGUCAGUUAUGUGUUCCUUUAACUUUUUCUUCAGUAUUGAGUAUACUUUAUUAUAGUUGCUAAUGUCUGAUUUAUUUGAUAUUAUGCAGUUGUCUAUCACCAUGGAAAUAGCGCAACUGGUGGUCAUUACACUACAGACGUCUUCCAGAUCGGUCUUAAUGGAUGGCUACGUAUAGACGACCAGACUGUCAAAGUGAUCAACCAGUACCAGGUGGUGAAACAGACUGUGGAGCGUACAGCAUACCUCCUGUAUUACCGCCGUGUAGACCUCCUGUGAUGGCGCCAUGGAAUAACUCACUUCACAUCUCCUUUUUACCCUGUGCUCUUUUUUUUUUUUUUUUUUUGAGUGAACUUGUUUCUUUACUUUUUCUUUUUUCCUUUUUCCCCUCCUCCUUCUCCAGCUUGUUUCUUUCCUUGAAUUUUUAGACUAGUGUAGGCAGAACAAUGUUUCAAGAAUUCGAGUAGCUGUAACCCUGGUCUUUGCCAUAGAGAGGGCCGUGACUGAGCGUUGCUGCCCUCUUGUGGCACUUAAAGGGUUAAGCAUUCCAUGUAACUUGCUACACAAAAAAUAAUCUCAAUGAUUUUAACAUCGAAGAUGUUAAACUAUGUAUAACCCUUAAUGCUGCCAGAAGGCUGUGCAGCACAUUCCCCUUUGCAUUUAGUAGAUUUUGGCUGGCAACUGCUUCUUCUAAAGCAGGAUGUAAAAUGGGUGAUCGAUAGAUGCAUCUUAAAACUUUUUCUUUUUCCUUUUUUUAAAAAAUUGUCUAGGCUUAUAGUGGCUCCUUUAUUCCCUUUUAGCAGUGUCCACGAGCCUAGCCAAAGAAAUAUUGCACCAGCAUCAAAUCUUGUACAUUUAUGUGGGGAAAAAGUCUUCACUUCGAUCCAAUUUUCACAUCCUUCAUGCCGGCUCUUCCCUCAUCCCUUGCAGUCUCCCUACUAUCAUCUUUUCAGAUCAUUGAAUUAAAAGAAAAAAACAAAAAAAAAUAGAAAUUAUAUUAACAAAACAAAAAAAAGGGUUUCUUGCAUAAAUCCAUUAAAAGAGGAAAAUACACUUUACAGAUAAAGGCUUCUUCAAGGUUGCUGGGUGCCUCAUAGGGUUAAUUACAGUACAAAUAAAUGUCCUUUAAUUGUGAGGUAUGAGGGCUUGUUUUAGCUGUUUGUGCUGCUGGAUCAAACAAAACUGAUUCAGUGGAAAUUUCUUUCAGCAGCAAAAAACAAAAAAAAAACGCAAACAAACCUAAAACCGUUUGCAGGGAGAAUCCGUUUGAAAUUGAAAACGUUAGUCAGUAUAGAUGGGUGAUUGUGACUUUACUGCUAUUGCAUUCAAAUUAAAAUUCUGCUUCUGGGUACACAAGAUCAACGAUUAAAACAGCAGGCUUAACAUUCAAGAUCUGUAUUCCUUUAAGUCUGCUUUGUUUAAUUUUGCUGUCUUGCUCUCCUAUAACGUUGAGUUCCUAAUUGUACACAGUUUAGUGAUAUUUAGGAGUAUAAAGUUGUCGCCCAACAUUAAAAAAAGUCACAAAGUUGGUUUAAAAGUGUGUAUUUUUUACUUUGUGUGUAUGUUUUAACAACAUAUUAACACACUACCAUAAAUGUCCGGUAUGAAGAAUUGAUCUUCCAUAUUUGUUUUUUUGUUGAACGCAGACUAGAAAUGUGUUAACUCUUUAAGCUGGAAUUUUUACAGUGCACCUUUCUGCAUUUACACUUAAAGAAACUGCUCCUACAUUUAACAGCAGAGGGCACUAUGUACUACUGCAAUAACUGGUAAUAAGUUAGAAUACUAGCCAUGGAUCGCCUUAUUAGUUUAGAGUGGAAGCUUAGUCUUCCAUUCAUAGAUUUACGGGGUUUAUUUUGUUACAAUACUUGUGCAUUUUCUUACGAUUUUGCUAAAAGGCUGAGUUUCAGAUCAAUAUAAAAAUAGGUAGCUAACUUUCAGUAAAAUUGCUUGUAGUUUGGCUUGAAACUUGUUAGUUUUGUCAAUAUCCCAAUGGCUCUAAAUUGGGAAUGCCUAAAUCCUGGGCUAGGAAGCUUUUGCGUGGUUUGAAUGACUCUUUGUAAUGUGAGCCCAACAUAUAACAUUCCGUGUUUGGAUGUUCAGAUUAGGAAAAUCCUUGAUACAGUAAAUUAACAGGCUGUUCUGUUUUCCUGUGAGUCUGCACUGCCCAAGGUCCAAACACCAUGUAGAGAAGGAUGUUUACAUUUCAGUCUAAAUCAAAUAAUCCCAAAUUAAUGCUACCAGUUGUCCCCACCAAUAAACCAAGAACGCAUCAGCAAUAAAUCAGCUAGCAGACUUCAUGUUCGCUCUAUGUGUUUCCCAAUGGACUCAUCGACUAGUUUCCAAGUCAUUCUUCUCGAAUACAGUACUAGGAGAUGACUGAUCUAUUGAAGCUUAUGGAGAAUUGUGCACUAAAAUCAUUGCAGCAGCAUAUUCUCAUUUAUGUGAAUGGCAGUGCAACCGUUGUCUCAAACACCUGCAGAUAAAUAGGGAGUCCCUUUAAAUCCUAAAUGGGCAUAAAGCCUUUCAGUGCCUGGAGUACUUGUUUUACACCUGCUUCCUUGACUGAUAAAACCAUAAUACUGUAGCACAAUUAUUCUCUGUCCCCAUGCGUUUCUGACACAGAUACUCAGCUGUAAUAGCCAGUAAAUAUACUGAGCUGACACCCUGUGUGGUUACAGCUGUAUUUUGUCGGAAUUUGAAUGUUUCUCACAAAGAUGCACUGCCUUGCUGACCUGAAAGUACAGUAAACCAUUUACAACCCAAGAUAUGCAGGUUAAAAUUACCCAGGAAGCUUUGCUUCCCUUGGCUGUCUGUGCCAUGAUAGGUACCAGAAGCAGUGUAUUGGCAUUUACAAUGUGUGAUUGUUUCUAUGUAACAUUUUGCAGAUCAAAUUAGAGUUUUGGGUUAAGGAAUGUCCUCUUUCCAGUAAUGCUUUAUACUUAUGUAAAGAGGAUGCAUUGUAUUCAUAAUGAAGAAAGUCCAAUGUUCAGAAAAGAUUCAGUUUUCAUGUUUUGGCCCAGGGCAGGGGUUGAUUUAGUUUAGCUUUCGGCUUCAAAAACUGCGCAGCCUGAGGUCCCAGCUGUAAAUUGUUUCAUUUAAUAGUAUUUGUAUUUUAGGAAUUAGACAGCAGCUUCUGGGUGGGUAGCCUUUAUUAACUUGCAGGUAGCACCGGUCAUGUUUUACAUGAAUUAAACUGCAUACAGCUCUGUGUUUUGAAUGUGAGCAGUUGCCACACAAGUCACGUAGGAGAAGCAUGGUGUGUCACUGAGUAUUACCACAAUAAAAAAAUUACACUUAACCUCCUUCUAAGCAGGGACCCUAAACUUGUAAAUAUAAGACAUAAUAGGAUAAUUAUCUAAUACCAGAGAGACUAUAUCUAUGCUUAAUUAGACUUAUUCGACUUGUGCGCAAAUCCUUUUCAGCUGCAACAAAUUAAAUUCCUGUUAAUCUGCUCCAGAACGAAUUGAUCAGUCUGGGAUAUAACUCUGGAGUCCAACACUAAAUGCUGGAUGGAUUAAUUUGUUUGGGCACAGAUUAAAAAUGUA